UUGUAUGCGUUACCGGAAAGUUUGCUGUUACACCAAGUGCGAAUGAUAUCUCGUUAAUUUGCAACAAGAAAUAUGACGUAAUGAAAUGCACUCAAUUACCUACGAUGCAUUUAAGUGAUUUAAUAUUUUGGUAAAUAUUAUCAGAAGCGGUCAGUGCGCGAGUUCGUUUUGAAAAUAACCUGAUAUAAGUAGAUUUUACAAAUAGAAAGUGUAGCCUACCGGUGAAAACCACAUGUAUGGUGGAUAAUGAUGUUCGACAAAUUAUAUCUACCUGUUCGGUCGAGUUGGAGGUUCGAUGUGGUGGUGUAAUCGGCGGUAGGUCUAGAGGAGAGUACCACCUAUGGAGUCUGAUACGUUGAAGAGGUUAUCGCAAAUAUUGAAUUCAGCUACGUCUGACUUGACAGAUUUGAAUUAUUUAAAUAACACAGAAGGUAAUAGAUCAGACGAUGAUUUCGUAACGGCGUCGGAAUGUACGGAAACUGCAUCAUCUCGAGGAGCAUCGCCAUCAUUUUAUUUAGAAGAGUUUACUCCUCGUGGACUUGAAGUUGAACCGAAACACAUAUCAGAGGAAACAUGCACUAAAAUAGUGCAUAAAAUAACUGGAACGAGGCAAAUCACAUUUUCUCCUCAAGGAUGCAGUGAAAUUAUUCAGACAACUUAUCACGAAACUGAUGAUGACGUGCAAGAACCUAAACGAUUGCUUCAAAUUAUGGAUGCGUCGCCUUCUCAAACAACAGAUACUGAAAAACUGCGAACGAACUGCGAAGCUGGUAAACUUAUGAUACAAAAUGAAGACACGAGAAAGUCUGAAGAUGACAAACACGAGAGCAAAGAUGUAUUGGAAUUGAAAAUACUCGAACUAGUACCAGAUUUAACUCUAUUAGGAGAGACAUUUGAAGAAGCAUCGGAACUCGAAAUAGCACAUAAUCAUGUCAUGAAACAGUUACAGAAUAAACAGAGCCCUGUCGAGGAAAUGUUAAAAAAAGCAGAUCAAGUUAUAGCCGACCAAAAACCCAAACCCGAAGUGUACGCUGCGAUGGCUGAUUCUCUCGGCCAGGCGUGGAAAGAUAUACAUUCGCAUUUAGCUCUGAGGAAGCAUAUUUUACAUAUGAAUGUGACCUAUCACAGCAAAGCGGAAGCUUGUAUGGAACGUAUGCGAGCCUUAGAACUACUAUGCUUGUCACCUAUACCAUCGAAUGAAAAUAUGGUCAAAGAAAGUCUACAGUGUUUACAAGAAAUCAAAAAAUCCAUGCUCGAGUGUUUAAUGGCCUCAUUAAACGCUGGUCAGAAUUUGUUAGCAGCUUUGAAUGAAAUUGCCAACGAAAAGUCCUUGGACUCGCGUCCUGGUCGAAUCAAAAAAUCUGCAUUAAGUGCUAUUGCCCAAGUCGAACAGUGGAUGGAACAGUUACAUAAUCGAAGGCGUCUGUUAGACGUCACGUGGCAAAGACGAAAACUCAAUUUGGAAAAAUAUCGAACAUUAGCUAUUCUAAAGUGGGACCUGGAAUUGCUGGAGACAUUGCUGAGGGAAAGAUAUGAGUUGUUAUCAAGGAGUCGAUACGAAUUAGGAGAUUCGUCUGCGAGCGCCGAGCUAUUAUUACAAGAGCAUUUGAAACUGGUUCCUGAAGCUACGAACUUUCAAGAAGAAGGGUUGCGUAUGGUGAAAGCCAGCGAGCAGUUACCAUCAUCUGGUCAUAAAUUUUCGGAAAAAUCGAACCAAGUAUCGUACGAUGUGUUGAAUUUGGCCAACGAAUACAUGCAAGCUAUUAACGAUAAAGAAGAUUUACUGAGGAAAUGCAUUUCAUUUUUCAAAUCGGCCAAAAGUGUGAUGAUGAAACUGGAAGAAAUGAAUUAUCAACUCAAUAACGUUAAUAGUAUAUCGGAAAGGUUGAUUAUUAUGAAUAUGACUGAAGAUAUUACCAAAGAUGUGAUCAACGAUGGACGUUGGAUUUUGGAAAAGGCACCAGCAGCGAAAGGUGUCCAAAGAGCCUUGGAUGAAAUCGAAAACGCCAAGUUAAAUCUAAUGUCAUAUUGUAUCAAGCAAAAUGAAGAAAAUUUCGAAAUUUCUCAAAUCGUAAAUACAUUCUACGAAAAGCAGAACCAGAUAUUCUCGUGGUUGAUAACAGCUGUUGAAUCGUUUAUUCAAGGACAUCAAGACAUGGGAGGUGGACUAUCAAUGGCUCAAAACUACCUCCAAGUACAUGAACAACUGUUGAAUGAUUUGAGGAUACGCAGUACAGAAGUGAUUGACAUUACGGAAUCCGUCCCACCGCACAUUUUAGCUCGGUUACCGUCGAAUACCAAAGAAGAUAUUUUACAAAAGUUAGAAAUGAUCACCAGUCAUUGGGAAUAUUUGAAGAAAACCUUAGAAGAAAGAAUCCGAUUGUCAGUAAAAUACACGAAAUUCCAUUCUUUGGCUGUUUCGCUUGCAAAUGAAUUGGAUUCAUUCGAUAAAUCAUUGCUGGGAAAUGAUAUAACUGAAGUGGGCAUGUUACCGGCGCAACAUUCGGAUAAUAUUGACGAAUAUUACACGCAAUUGAAUGACGUAGCUGCUGAGUUUUUGGACGAUUUGAGCCAGACUCAAGAUUCUUAUCUGGAUGUGAAACGAGCUCAAUUAUGCGUCGAGACCGUUCUUGAACAUUUUGCGAAUAGAAAAACCGUCGUCGAAGACAAGUGGACCAUCUGGGAACGCAGUGCAUUUGAUAAAAAAACCAGCCAAACGCUUUGGAGUAAAAAUAUGGUCGACAGCGAAAAUACUAUCGAUUGGGUUAGCAAAUUAGAAUCGCAAUUAUAUCCCGUUUUAAAUGUGGAAAGUGUCAGUACGGAUGUGCAAAUUCACCAAGUUAACGACAAAUUGAAUAAUAUUAUUCCGGAAAUUAAACGAGCUCAGCAAGAAAUUCAGUUACGUAUUAGAACGGCAAAGGAACUUAUUGCUAAAGGUACUUUGGAAACUAAUGAAGAAGUUCCGCCUAAAUUGAACGAAUUGUAUAAUGACAUUUGUACUAUUAUAGUCCAAUAUACCGUAUUUUUAGAAAUGUUCACCACGUUUUUAAAUAACGUUAAAGAGCUAGAGAAGAAAAUCACAGAUUUAAAAUCAACCAACGAUCGAGUCAACGAAUUAUCAUCCAAACAAGUCAACGAUCUUAAAGUUAAACACGUGGCCGCCUCAAAAGCAUUCCACGAUUUAUGGGAUAUUACUUUCGUCGAGAGCCAACGUAUUAUUGAUAAAAUAGAGCACCAGGAGCCGGUAAAAUACGGAGAAAAGGACAUUCACUGUAUCAACAACCUUUUGCAACGCAAGAAAACCGAAUGGGAAGAAUUAUCGAGUAGCUUUGAAACGAAACUGAAACGGUGGCAGAUUUUGAAACAGUUUGACGAAGAUUUGGAGAGUAUACAUACCAGUAUCAGAGAAUUAUCGGAGGAAUUGUCCGCUUUACAGCACCAGUAUAGUUUGAGUUUAUCGGCGGCCAAGUCUUCGUCUGUGGCAUUCCAGUAUUUUGAGAGAACGAUUCAAGCACUAGAAGGUAAGAUCGACUCAUUCAUAAACACCGCCGAAGAUGUGCUAGAAAUCAGCGAAUCGAAAUCCAGCGAUAUCAAUCAACUGAAAGAUUGCUGGAAUAAAUUUUGCGCCCAAGUUACAGAAACAAGACGUUUUAUCGAUCUUAGCAUCCAGUAUUUCACUUUAAUAGACGAGACGGAAGAAUGCUUCCGCGAAGGGACGAAAUUAUUGGUUUGCGUAGCCAGGAAAUCGUCUACAGCUCGUACUCCAGACGAGGCUGAAGAGUUGUUGACUAAUAUACAAACUUUUCAAAGUUCCGCUCAAGUUAAACAAGAAGAACGAAUUAAUUUAAUUUCGAAAUUGGUUGCCGAGCUUUUUGAUAAUGGGGAGCAUGCCAGACAAGUUAAUAGGAUUGUUUUGGAAAAUAACGAUAUGCUCGAUUCAUUUUUAACCGUUUCCAAAGAAUUAUCAAUUUUACAGCAGAAAUUAAAGACGUCAGCUGAUUCGGUUAAACCUGCCAAAGAUGAAAUUGUUGCGACGGAAAUAGUUUCGUUGGAAAAGUUACCUACUUCUUUGCAUGUGGAAAAUGUCGAAGUAAUCCACUUGAUCGAAGAAGAAAAAUCAAUAUCUCAAAAAAGUGAAAUAACCGAAACAUCGCCUGAUUCGUCGUUAAAAGAGCUUAGCAUUUCCUUAGAAUCAGUACCUACAUCGGAAAAACCAAUUUUUAUUUCACCUUUGAACGAUGGCCAGAUAAAAGAAGGCUCUCGAUUCGUAUUCGAAUGCAAAGUUACCGGAUACCCUACUCCUCAAAUAACAUGGCUCAAGGAUGGUUUCGUCAUUGAAAAUAAUCCAGAUUAUCAGACUACCUAUAGCGACGGUCUUUGUAGACUUCGUAUCGAAGAAACAUUCGCCGAAGAUUCGGCUAAAUUCGCCUGUCGUGCCACCAAUCAAGCCGGAGUCGCAGAAACUAGCGCCAAAUUGACAGUGAUAGAAAAUGAAGUAGUGGACGAACUACAACCGCCAUCUUUCAUAAUUCCUCUAUUUGAUGAAAUCGUUCGAGUCGGAGACGUCUACGAAUUCCAUUGCAAAGUUGGAGGAAAUCCUUUACCAGAUGUCCAGUGGUACAAAAACGAAACCGGUGUCGAUUCCUUACCCGAAUUCGAGUCUACUUUCAAUAAUGGCGACGCUAAAUUACUAAUUAAAAACGUCGUUAGCGAUGAUAAUGCUAAAUUUUCGUGCACUGCCAUCAAUUCAUUGGGGACGGCGACCUCCAGCGCCAAUUUAACUGUAAAAUCCAAAACUAUAACUGGUGAAGCUCCAAUAUUCGUAACAAAACUGAGUAACGUUAUGGCUCGAGCUGGGCAGAAAUUUAAAUUAGAAUGCCGAGUUACCGGAAAACCGUUCCCAACGCUUUCGUGGACUCAUAAUGGAAAACCAUUGAAGGAAACGUCCAAUAUGAAUAUGUCAAUUGAUGAUGCCGGAAACGUAACGCUGGCCAUAUCUGAAGCUUUCCCUAAAGAUGCUGGCACCUACACAUUGACAGCGACCAAUGCAGCCGGCGAAACCUCGUGUACCAGUAAUGUAUCGGUUAAAGGACUAUUGCCCUGUGAAACAUCCGAUUCAGAGAUACCCAGCGACGUUGAACCAGCCAGACCUUCGAUUAAAAUGCCUCUAAAAGAUUUGACAGUUACCGAAGCAUCUGAAGCUUUACUCGAAUGUGUCAUCGUCGGUUUACCUGAACCCGAGGUGAUAUGGUAUCAUAAUAAUGUUCCUAUUAAAGAAUCUAAGGAUAUACAGUUGCUUUUCAAGGGAGAUAAGUGCUCUCUUCUUAUUAAAGAAGCGUGCCCUGAAGACGAAGGAGAAUAUAAAGUCAUCGCUAUCAACUCGGCUGGCGAAACGUCAAGUACUGCUCAUUUAUGCGUUCAAAGCUCUUCGAAAAACGAAAUCGUCGAUUCAGAAGAUAUCGAAGGUAUUCACCCAAAAUUCACGAAAUUACUCAGCGACAUCUUGGUCAGGGAAGGGGACACAGCUGUACUUGAUUGUGCAGUCGAAGGAUACCCGAAACCAUCCAUCAAGUGGUUCCUAAACACUAGCGAAAUAAAUUAUUCCGACAGAAUCGAGUGCGAAGAAAACGCCGACGGCACAGCAAAACUAACGAUCAAGAAUAUCGUACCAGAAGACAAAGGAUUAUACACAGUUCGAGCCAGUAACAGCUUAGGUGAAGCGAAAUGCUUCUCUCAUAUGAUCAUAAAAUCAUUAUCAUCUAUGGAUUCAAAACCAUCGACCGAACUUUACCUAAAAGAUAAACUAGAGUAUCCUUCUUUUGUGGAAACGUUCACCGAUAAGACGAUUUCAGAAGGAGGAUUCGUUAAAUUCGAAUGUAUCGCUACCGGAAAACCAUCUCCAAAGGUAAGAUGGCUCUUCAACAACGAACCCGUAUCUGGCAAGUCAUUUUUAGUAUCCACAAGCGGUGACAGGCAAGUACUCAGUGUGCCCGAAGCAGACAUACAGAAUGAAGGUCUUAUUACGUGUGUCGCCGAAAACGAAGCUGGAAAAGCCACUUGUACAGCUCGUCUUCAAGUGCUGCUGAAAAUUCACGAAAGCCUAAUUCCGACCCUAGAUACGACAAUGAACGUAUUCGAAUCAAAUCAAUCGUUCGAAAUGAAGAAGGCGAUUUUUUCAAAAUCGUCGGCCACCAACGAUGGUCUUCCGGUUACUAAAAUGGACAGCUACAUAACAGUGCACGAAGAAGCUAGCCAAAAAAUAAAUGAUAACGAACCAGUCAAAAUGGAAUCUCGCCAUGUGGAAGAACGUCACGAAACUGACGGUAAAUUGGAACAGUCUAGUCAAUCAUUCUCCUUCGGUAAUUUAGACGUGCAAAAUAAGAUCAAAGCGAGUAAAGAAUGCACGGUGGCAUCGUUAAAGCCGGCUCGUAAACAAACAGCGCCCCGGUUUAUUACUACCAUCGAUGGCGUUAUCGUCGACGAAGGAGCUGAUGUUAAAUUCGAAUCUGUCGUUGAAAGUUACCCGCCCGCAACUAUUGCUUGGUAUAGAAAUAACGAACAGCUUUUCGAUAUACCGAAUAAAAUCUCCAUCACGUGGGAAUUGAAUAAAGCUUCACUAAAGUUGAAAAAUGUAAUGGGUAGUGAUGCUGGUAGAUAUUCGUGUACGGCUUCAAAUGAUGCCGGAAGCGCCUCCAGUGCAGCUGAUUUGUUUGUUAAAAAAAAUAUUUUCCCUCCUGUGAUGGGUAAAAGACUUCAUCCUCAAAGCGUAGCUGUUGGCCACAGAGUGACAUUCGAAGUAGAAGUAACUGGUACACCGACACCAUUGGUGACUUGGUUCAAAGACGACAUCCAGCUGGCUAAAAUAUCUCCAUUUUACAGACUUCGUGAUCAAGGCAAUUCGCACGCGUUGAUUAUUGAAAAAGUUCGGCUGGAAGAUAUCGGUCAAUAUAAAAUUAGAGCUUAUAACGAAGCCGGCGAAGCUGUCAGUAUCGCUACUUUAAAUGUUUUUGAACCGCCACCACUUACGAAUAAUAGUAUUACUUCGCAGUAUUCGUUUGAAAAUCAAUCUUUCGAUAGUCAAGUAAUACCAACGAACAAUUUCGAAAGUAAAAAUUAUUCUUCGCAGUUUAAUUCUAGUCAUAAAUCCGAAUUCAAAAGCGUCUCGUCCAAAACCGAUAAAAAAAUCAAAUUCAACGUUGACGAAAACGACAAACCGAUCGAACCGAAAAAAGAACACGACUUCUCUAGCUUUUCUAAAGAAUACGAAAUCACUAAACCAUCGUACGAUUUCGGUGGUCUGGGCGAAACAAAAAGUCAAAGUUUCGAAACUUUUAAAAAAGAGGAAUCAUUUUCCAAGAACACUAAUGGUUUCAAAGAAACCAAUUUGUAUUCUAUGGAUUAUUCAAAAACCAACGACGAACCACCCGUUCAGAAAGAAGCUUUCUCUUCGUACUCCUCCUACGAACCGUUCACCACACCGGCCAUUACCCCGUACACGAAUAGUUUCAUCUUGGAGCCGGGUCCUCCUCCGGAAAUAGGAUAUAUUCCCAAGGAAGCCGUACCUAAAGCUCGCGAAGCAAUGGCUGAACGUGUCAAAAAGCUGGAAAGCAGUCAACGACAAUUAUCUCCAGUCGAAAUACCACCCGGUGCUGUGAGAAUUUUCCCUACUAUCGUGCCCAAGAAGAAAGACAACGUAGACAGUAGUGCUUUAGAGAAGAAGUAUUCGUCUUGUAUUAAAGAGUACAAGAAAACCAUCGGUAGAAGUGUAAGCAACGAGAAUACAUCUCAUGUGGCAGCUCCGACUCCGGCUCCAGCCCCGGUAACUCCUACUCCUAAUAUUCUGAUCUCUGAGACACCUGCACCGGCACCAGCACCGGAUUUAGGACCAAUUUAUCGACCUUGCGCAGACGUCGAUUUGAGACCAGCGUCUCCGAGACCGUCUGCCGAAGGUGUAAGUAUGGAAAGACUGUGGUCGCAUCACAAGAAAACUGAAGAAAUCCUUCGACCAACUACUCCUAAAAGUGAACUGACUGAACCUAUGUUCAAAGUGACCGAUAUCAAGAGAUCUCUGUCGCCGGUACCGUCUGCCGAAGGCGUAGCUAUGGAUAAAUUAUGGUCACAUCCGACUUCCGGUGAUAAACGCAGACCACAUUCGGUAAUCGGUUUAUCGGACUCGAUCAGUACGGAGAAAGUUACCGAAAACACGUGGUCGUCUGGAGGAUACGAUGUCAAAGAGAAUUUUAAAUCGGAGAUCGUCGAGGAUAAAAAAGUCACUAGUAAGUCAACCUGCUCUUUGCAGCGUUCGAUUUCUGAAGAGAAACAAAAAAAGAAAUUCAAAUGGCCUCCGCAAGAGGUCAGCUUUGAAGAUAGUCUGGUGAGGAAAACGUCCGAUAAGUUUAAUCUGGAACCGGGUCCACCUCCUGAGAUAUCUUACGCUCAACCGCCUUCUAAUUUCGAACAGAGCUCUUAUGUGAAAACCACAGAGAAAGAUUUAGAAAAGAGUAUCGAUCAAACUGCUCAGAAAUACGUGUACGGAGGCGUUCGUGUUGUACCUGCUCCGGUCAAGUCUACGUUCUCUUCUUCUUAUGAAAAGCAAGAAAGCUCUAAUUAUCAAACUCUGCCUAGAUCUUUCAAAUUCGCUUCGUCUAGCGAUUCGAAAUUCAAACCUGUUAAACCUUACGUGAAAAGUCCUCAGACUACUUCGAAAGAAAGCGUAUCCGAGAACUACGCUGCGCAUAAUGAAUCCUUCAGUUCGUUUUCCGAUCAGAAGGUGACCAAUUUACGUGAAAGUGGAUACGCAGCUGAUACUGAUGAGCCGAAUUUCAGAAGUACAUUUUUACAGAGGAACAACGCUUAUCCUAAACCUAUUUUCCAAACGACCAAUUAUCAGAAAUACGAUGAAUCGAAUAAAACGCAUACUCUGCCCAGAGUGUCGGAAAACAAGGUAACUCGAACGUUAAACGAAUCGAAAACUUCGACAACGAAAUCUUUUACUCCUACUUAUGGUCCAAUCAACCCACCCAAAUUCUCGAAAUCUGAUUUCCGCGAAAGCGACUACGAAAGUGAUUUCGACUCCAGGAUCCCACCGAUCUGGCGUCCCUCCGAUUCCGAACCGGAAGAGCCUCAUUAUCGACCUGUUAGACCGAAUUUGACACCAGUUAAACGCACAUUCUCUAAUCAAAACGAGUAUUCUUCGUCAUCAUAUUCAGACAACAGCGUCUCUAAAUUUCAACCAGUUUCACCAGCUGUCUAUCAACCGAAACCUACCUGUGGAGAAAACAUCUCGACAUUCAAUAAAUACAAAGCUUACGGAUACACGGGAGAUGCUGCUGCGUCCACUGAGAUCGUUAAACCUGUAAAUGAUUUUAAAACUUACCAAAGAGCGAAUAGUUACGAAGAUUAUCAGCAUUCGGUAUCGGAGUCGGUAGAUAAGUCGUCCUUUUCUAAAUACAGUUCCGAAGUGAAAAGGAUACAGAAAGUAGAGGAGAUCAAAAAACGUUUCGAGAGUAGGAGCACAUCGUAUACAGAUGACGCGUCUUUUCGACAAGGGGACUCGAGCGAGGUGUUUUCGCAAUCUCGCAUUCCUGUAGAUAAUUUCGCUUCUUCAAAACAAAGCGAAACUUUCAAAAGCUACAAAACGAAUUCGCAACAAUUCAUCGACGAUAUUGUAAAUAAAGUAAACAACAAACAAAACGAACUGAAACAAGGCGCCUUAAAGUCUCCUUCAUUGUACAGUCCACCUGUAUUCUCGCGCGAUAACGAACCUCAAGUGUUCAGAGACCAUUACAGGAAUACCGAACAUGGUAUAGAACGACUCGAUCCGAACAUCGAAUUGAUAUUUUUCAAAUACGAUUUCGGAUACGAAUAUCGUUUAAUUUCACCGGCACUAAGCGAAGAUAAACCUAGCACGAUGCCCCCUAGUAACCAAUCCGACAUUCCGGUUGUAGUAAUUCCAAAACCCUAUAACAUUCCUGGUAUCAAACCUAAAAAAAUUAUCGACGUUGAUUAUUCAACGUGGACUCCAAAAAUAUGCCCUUAUCGUUCGGCUUCGGAGUCUCUAACGAGAAGAAAUCAAACAGUAUCCUCAAACGAGGCAGGAUGGACAUCGGAUGUACAACGUUCGACUGAAGCUGAAUAUGUCAUCAUUAAUGGAAACAGCGAAUUUGAUAAACCACAAAAAGCGCCAGUAUUUACCACGCCUUUACACGAUAUUGCUGCUGUGAUUGGAAGUUCAGCUAGAUUCGAAUGUAUUGUACAGUCUGAUCCUCCAUUAUCAAUUGUUUGGAGAAAAGAUGGCGAAGUCUUACGUGAUACUGAUUUAUUACAAAUUAAUUUCAGAAACGGUGUUUGUAAACUUGCGUUACUUAAAGCGUAUAAAUAUGACGCCGGAACAUAUCAAUGUAUUGCUAAAAACAGCGGAGGUAUAGCAGAAACAUCAGCAACACUUAUUGUAUCAGUACAAGAAAUUGUAACACAACAACAACCUCAGAUCGGUUAUGCACCUGUAUCUGCUCCAAGCAAUUAUGGCAACGUGCAACCCCCUGUUUUCGAACAGGUAUUCCGUAACGCCCGUUUCGCACAAGGUGGAGAUGCCUUGUUCGAGGGUAGGAUUACCGGUAGCCCGAAACCGGUGGUUUCAUGGACACGUAAAGGAACCCCUUUGCUAGAAUCGAAUAAAUAUAAAAUGUCAUACAAUCAAAAUACCGGCGAUGUAAAAUUACUUAUUAGAAAUAUUGGAGCCGAAGAUGAAGGGGAGUACACAUGCACUGCCAGAAAUUUAUACGGCGAAGCAAUUUGUUCCGUGUUUAUUCAACCAGAAGGACAAAUGGCUCAAUUACCAGAAAACCAAUACGGCUCUCAAAGAGUACAACAAUACCAACAACAAAGAACGUCCAAGACUUCACAUACCAACGGAUACGUAACUGUCGAAGAAGAUUUCAAAGUAGACACAUUCGAAUACAGACUUCUCAGAGAGACUUCUUUCCGAGAAUCUUUAACAAAACGUUACACCGGAGAACAAGACGCUCAAUUAGCGACUACUCCGUCUUAUGGACCGAUCAGACCACCGCAGGUUGUUCAAAAACCAAGAAAUUCCAAAUUAUCAGAAGGCACAGAAGCCGUAUUCACUACAAAAAUCACAGCAAAUCCAAAACCAAGACUGACAUGGUACAAAAAUGGAAAGCGAAUCGUUCCGUCGCAAAAAUGCCAAACAUCUUAUGUCAACGAUCAGGCUACUUUACGAAUUACGCAGACAACGUCCAGCGAUUCUGGACAUUACACGCUGUUGGCUGAAAAUCCGCAAGGCUGCAGUGUAGCUUCCGCGUAUUUGGCCAUUGAACCGACUUACUCAAAUGAUAACGUAUAUGAAAGAGAAUACAUUACCCGACAAACAUCUCAAACUACCGAACAAGUAUCCAGCGAAGCAAGCGAACCUAAAAUGUUGCCUCCUAAUUUCGUGCGAGUCUGCGAAGAUCGCGAUGUCAGCGAAGGCAAAAUGACCAGAUUCGAAUGCAGAGUGACCGGCCGUCCUUAUCCGGAUGUCACAUGGUUCAUCAAUGGAAAACAAGUGGUCGAUGAUGCAACUCACAAAAUACUCGUCAACGAGUCUGGUAAUCACGCUUUGAUGAUUACUAGCGUUUCACGAAAUGAUUCCGGUGUCGUCACCUGCGUCGCACGAAACAGAGCAGGAGAAAAUUCGCAUCAAUGUAAUUUGAACGUUAUCGAAAAAGAAUUAGUUGUCGCGCCCAAAUUCGUCGAACGAUUCAGUUCAGUCACUGUAAAAGAAGGCGAACCAGUAUUACUCAGCGCCCGAGCAGUUGGUACACCUACUCCAAGAAUCACAUGGCAAAAGGAUGGAGUACAAAUUUUUGAAUCACCCUAUGCAGCCAUAUGUACCGAAGGUGGAGCUUCAACAUUGGACAUAUCUCAAGCCAGGGCGUCGGAUGCGGGCUGGUACCAAUGUACCGCUCAAAAUGUUGCUGGCUCCACCGCCACACGAGCACGACUGUUUGUCAAACGAACAGCGCCGGUUGAUACAACCGACGAAGCCUCCCGAAGACCACAUUUCCCGAAACCUACCCGAGUUAUCGAACCCGAACCAGCGCCAGGACCAGAAGUUAUUUAUUUACGGCACGUAGAACGAGCUAAACCACAUCAUCCGCGUCCAGAAGAUGAACGAAUUUACCCACCUCCUCGUUUCAUCGUUCCUUUAUCCAAUAUACAACAAGUUGAAGGUGCCAAGGUUCAUUUUGAAGCACGUGUCGAACCUGUCGGCGAUCCUUCAAUGAGAGUCGAUUGGUUCCAUAAUGGAAGACCUAUCCCUGCUAGCUCAAGAAUAAAUACUACGUUUAGCUAUGGUUUCAUCGCAUUGGAUUUGAUUAGUAUUAUAAUCGAAGACAGCGGAGAAUACACGUGCCGUGUAACUAGUAACUCUGGUGGCAUCGAAUCAACUGCUUCUUUGAAUGUUCAUGAACGAGCCGCCAUCGAACGGUCAAGUCAGUAUCCGGAUAGUUUACAAUACAUCGAUCAAUUGGAAGACUAUUCGAAAUACCAACGUCAAGAAAGUCAAGACGAAGUGAACGCCCAACGACCAACGUUCAUCCGACCACUCCACAAUUUGGGUGAGCUCGACGAAGGUCGUAAUGCUCAUUUCGAAGCCCAAUUAACACCAGUUAGCGAUCCUACCAUGAAAGUGGAAUGGUAUAAGGAUGGAAAACCAAUCACAGCUAGUUCUCGUAUAACCACAAUUUUCAACUUCGGCUACGUCUCUCUCAAUAUUUUGCACCUACGGGUUGAAGAUACUGGUUUAUACACUUUACGUGCUGUGAACAGAUGGGGUGAAGCUAUUAGUCAAUCGACUAUUAGAGUAAUCGCUCGUUCCUCUGUAACUGGUAACCUGGGUAUACCAGAACAGCAGCGUUAUAUCGAACAAGUCGAAGCCCUGGAAUCGUACCAAAAACAUCAACACUUAUAUAAGACUGAACCCGAACCUCCUGAAAGUAUCAGUCCACCCGAAUUCGUCACACCGAUUAAAAAUCAAAAGAAUAUCCAAGAAGGAGGAUUUGCUCACUUCGAUGCUAGACUUGAACCGUUAAAUGAUUCUACUCUUAGAGUAGAGUGGCUCAAAGAUGGAAAACCGGUUGAUGCCAGUUCUCGUAUCACAACAUUCUUCAAUUUCGGUUACGUUGCUUUGACCAUUAAAUCAGUGACCGUACACGAUGUCGGUGUGUACACCUGCAGAGCUUAUAAUAACUUAGGCGAAGCGGUCACUCAAGCUGAGUUGAGUGUGAUUAGCAAAGAAUCGAUUGUUUACGAUAGUCAACAUCCCGAAGGAUUGCAACAGAUCCAAUAUCUCGAAGAUUCUAGUCGUUAUACCAAAAAAACUGAACAAGAAGUUAAAGUAACUCAAAAACCAAGAUUUUUGGGACCACUGAAAGGAACCAAUAAAAUAGUAGAAGGUCAACAAGCUCACUUUGAAGCUCGUGUAGAACCUCAAAGUGAUACCACUUUACAGAUCGAAUGGUAUUUCAAUGGUAAACUACUAAUGAGCGCAAAUCGAACCCAAACAUAUCACGAUUUUGGAUACGUAGCUCUGGAUAUCUUGAGUGUUCGCCCUGAAGAUGCCGGAACUUACACUGUUGUUGCCAGAAAUGCCCUUGGAGAAGCUCAACUUUCAGCCAGUAUGCAAGUAGAAACGAGAGCAAGUAUCGAUACGACCAGUAUGCAUCGUGGAGCUGUUGACAAAACUCACCGUUUCGAAGAUUCUCGUUUCGUCGAACCUAAAUAUGAAAUUGAAGAAAUAUCUAAAUCUAAACCGAUAUUUAUUCAACCCCUUUCCGAACUGCCUCCCUUACCCGAAGGUAAAAACGUACAUCUUGAAUGUCGUCUUGAACCUAUGGGUGAUCCUACUAUGCGUGUCGAAUGGUUCCAUAAUGGAAAACCAGUCACUGUCGGAUCUCGAUUCCGAACAUAUUACGAUUUUGGAUACGUAGCUUUGGAUAUUAUCCAUGUGACUGCUUUAGAUUCUGGAGAAUACACUGUUCGUGCCACCAACCAUCUUGGCACAGCACAUACUUCCAGUUGUGUCCGAGUUAUCAGUAGAGGAGACGUGUUGACUGAUAGUCAAAACGAAUCGGCUUUGGAACAAAUUCAAAUGCUCGAAGAUGCCUCUAGAUAUCAACGUCAUCAAAUAGAAGAUACGACAGUCAUGCAAGCUCCACAAUUUGUUCGACCUUUGCAUAAUUUGGAAACCGUCGAAGGCACCAAUGUGCAUUUAGAAUGUAGGCUCAAACCAGUUGGUGAUUCUAGCAUGAAAGUUGAUUGGUUCGUGAAUGGACGACCAGUUCCUACUGGACAUCGUUUCAGACCAGCUUAUGAUUUCGAUUAUGUAGCUCUUGACUUGUUAGGAGUCUAUCCCGAAGAUUCUGGUGUUUACACUUGCCAAGCAAGAAACCAAUUGGGAGAAGCUGUCACUUCCUGCGCCGUGAAAGUUAUCGCUAAAAAAGAUUUAUUGCUGGAUACCCAACAUCCUGGCGGUUUGGAGAAAAUUCAGUACCUAGAAGAUUCAUCGAGAUACAAAAAGACCGAUUUAAUCGACGAAGUUGUUAACAUCAGGCCGAGAUUUUUGACCCGGCCUAAAAACCUAGAAAACUUGAAAGAAGGCCAAUUGGCUCACUUCGAAUGUAAAUUAGAACCUGUUACUGAUUCAAAUUUGAAAGUUGAAUGGUUCAAAAAUGGUCGUCCAAUAACAAUCGGUCAUCGUUUCCGUCCAAUUCACGAUUUUGGCUACGUUGCUCUUGAUAUUAUUGAUCUCAUUUCCGAAGAUUCCGGCACAUACACUUGCAGAGCUGUGAACUUGGUUGGUGCUGAUGAAACCGCUUGUACAUUGAAAUGCAAAGGCGGAGCUCAAAUUCUCACCGACACUCAAAACGAAGUAGGACUCGAGCAAAUACACUACUUGGAAGAUCGUUCAAAAUUCCAAAGACGAGAACAGCAAGACGAUGUGACUACACAAGCUCCAAUUUUCACCUCAUCGUUGAAAAACUGCGAUAUCAAGGAAGGUCAAAGAGCUCACUUCGAAUGUAGGCUCAUUCCAGUAUCGGAUGCGACUAUGAAAGUAGAAUGGUUCCAUAACAAUACACCAAUUAAAUCGGGAUCGAGAUUUACUGAAACUAACGCGUUCGGAUUCGUGGCUUUGGAUAUAAUGCAAUGUCUACCAGAAGACGCGGGUGUUUACACUUGCAGAGCCAGUAAUAUUCUUGGAGAAGCCAUCACCUCAGCUAGUCUAGGAGUACAAGCUCGCAAAUCGAUCUAUCUGGAAUCCCAACACGAAGAUGCUCUAGGAAGACUUCACCGAUUAGAAGACAGAUCUCGUCAUCAACGUCCAAGCAUCCCCGAAGAUGUGGUCACCCAAGCCCCUGUAUUUACUCAACCUAUCAAAGAUGCUCAUGUCGCUGAAAGCCAAGCCGUUCAUUUCGAAGGUCGUCUUAUACCAGUCGGCGAUGAUAAACUUAAAGUUGAAUGGUUACGUAAUGGAGUUCCAAUUCAAGCUUCAAAUCGAGUCUCAACAAUGCACGAUUUCGGUUACGUUGCUCUUAAUUUGAAAUACGUGUAUCCUGAAGAUUCCGGCACCUACACGUGUCGAGCUAUAAAUGAACUUGGCCAAGCCGUAACCUCAGCCACGCUUAUUGUUCAAUCUAAGGCAGCAUUGCUUUUGGAUACUCAGCAUCAAGCAGCUCUUGAGAAAAUACAAUCGCUUGAAGAUACCUCGAGAUAUCAACGUAAAGAAGACGUCGAAACUGACGUUAAAGAUGCUCCUAGAUUCGUCGUACCGUUAAACGGACCUACGGAUUUGGUUGAAGGACAAAGUGCCCAUUAUGAAUGUCGUAUCGAACCAUAUCCCGAUAGUACUCUUAAAUUGGAAUGGUUCCACAAUAAUAAACCUUUACAAACUGGUCAUCGAUUCCGUACCACUUAUGACUUCGGGUUCGCUUCUUUGGAUAUUCUAACUGUAUACGGAGAAGAUUCCGGAACCUAUACUUGCAAAGCUGUCAAUAAAAUUGGACAAGCUGUAUCUUCUGUUAACGUCAGUGUAAAACCGAGGGCAUCCAUUAUUUUGGAUACCCAACACGAAGGAGCCUUAUCCAAGAUACAAUACUUAGAAGACGAUUCUCGUUUCAAGAAAGCUGCCGCUGAUGAUUCUUACAUCGCUGAAAAACCACAAUUCGGAAGACCCUUGAAGAACGUCGAACAUUUACCGGAAGGCAGAAGUGCUCAUUUAGAGGCUACUUUGACACCUGUAAAUGACCCAACUAUGAAAGUUGAAUGGUUCCGUAAUGGCAAACCUAUUCCUCAAGGUCACAGAUUCAAAACUACCUACGACUUUGGUUUCGUUGCUUUGGAUAUUUUAUACGCUUACCCCGAAGAUUCCGGCACGUAUAUGUGCAAAGCUAAAAAUCUCGCUGGCGAAGCUGUUACUACUUGCAUUGUCAGCGUCGAUUCUGUCAAAGGCUUACAGCUGGAUACCUUGGAUGCGGACAGAUUGAAAAAGAUCAAAGAUCUGGAAUCAUAUGAACGACCCAAAGUUGAAGAAGCUGAACCAGAGGCUCAGAGACCAGUUUUCAUCACUCCGUUGAACAGUCUCAACUCAUUACGAGAAGGUGAUCACGCCCACUUGGAAUGUCGCGUCGAACCUAUCAAUGACGCUAACCUGAAAAUCGAAUGGUUCGUGAAUGGAAUCGAAAUUAAAACUGGACACAGAUUUAAGACCACUCAUGAUUUCGGUUACGUUGCUCUGGAUAUCUUGUACACUUACGCCGAAGAUUCUGGCACUUACAUGUGCAAAGCUACCAACUUGGUUGGAGAAGCAGUGAAUACAUGCCAGAUCAAUGUCUCAUCUCGCAGAAGUAUUUAUCUGGAAUCUCAACAUCCUGAUGGAUUAGAAAAAAUUAGAGAAUUAGAAUCUCAAGGUAGACCUGCUAAAUUGGAAAUUGAAGAACCUGAGCCAACUCGUCCAACUUUGACUGAUUUAACGGGCACAACUCACGUUCCGGAAGGAAAAACUGCCCACUUUGAAUGUCAAGUCACACCGUUACACGAUUCUACUCUACGUAUCGAGUGGUACCAUAAUGGUAAACCAUUACCAACGGCUUCUAGAUUCCAUAGCACAUUCGAUUUCGGUUACGUUUCUUUGGAUAUUGGUCACGUAGUACCCGAAGAUGCUGGCCACUACACUGUUAAAGCGAUUAAUAAACUUGGAGAAUGCACUUCAAGUAUUGAUCUCAAUGUACAAGGAAAGAGUAGCAUUAUUUCAGACUCUCAAAGACCAGAAGGAUUAGAGAAAAUACGUCAGCUCGAAGAGCAGACACCAUUCCAAAGACCGGAGAUUCCAGACGCAGUUACAAGGCAAAGACCAGUUUUCACUCAACCAUUACAAAACAUCGAUUCGAUCGCCGAAGGUCAAACUGCUCAUUUCGAAUGCAGACUUAUCCCUGUUGGUGAUUCGACCCUCAAAGUCGAAUGGUUCAGGAAUGAGAAACCUUUGGAAACAAGCUCAAGAAUUUCGAAAACUCACGAUUUCGGUUACGUAUCUAUGGAUAUUAAUCAUGUACGCAGUGACGAUGACGGUGUAUACAUGUGUCGUGCUACCAAUGCUCUUGGUGAAGCUGUGACCACCGCUUCCAUGCACGUGAAGAGUAAAGCAGAUAUCCAAUUGGAAUCUCAACAUCCAGAAGGUAUGCGUAAAAUUAAACAAUUGGAGGAAGGAAAGGCUCCAUGUCGACCUGAAGAAGAAGAUCGUGCUUUCGAUAAACCUAUGUUCACUCAAUUAUUGACCGGACCUUCAGAACUGAUUGAAGGACAAUUGGCUCACUUCGAAUGCCGAGUUUUGCCAGUAGGAGAUCCUACAUUAAGGUUCGAGUGGUACGUGAAUGGAAAGGAACUGAAAUUAGGCUCAAGGUUCCGUGUGACUCACGAUUUUGGUUUCGUCACCCUGGAUAUUAAUUCAGUCGUGGUGGAAGAUUCCGGCGUGUACAUGUGUAAAGCUAUUAACGAAGCCGGCGAAGCUGUUUCAUCUAUUUCUCUCAAAGUCAGAGGCCGUUCUUCUAUCGUAACUGAAGCCAUUCAACCCGAAGCAUGGGAAAAGAUCAAAUUGAAAGAGGCUGAAAUGAACAAAGUGCCUCCAACGUUCAUUGAUACUGAACCACAACAAGCUCCAGUGUUCACCACGCAUUUGACCAGUAAAGAUAAUUUAGUCGAAGGACAAUUCGUACACUUGGAAGCUCAGGUUGAACCAAGAGCUGACCCGAAUCUACGUACCGAAUGGUACAAAAAUGGAGAACCGUUGACAACCGGAUCAAGAAUAAGAAGUACCUUUGACUUUGGAUUGGUCACUUUGACCAUCAAUUCUCUCAGAGCUGAUGACUCAGCUAUUUACACCUGCAAAGCUGUCAAUCUGCUUGGUGAAGCUGUGUCUACCUGUACUUUGAAAAUUGAAGAUCGUCAUUGGUUAAUUUCGAAACCACAACACCCGGAUGCUCUUCCCUACAUCGAAGCGUUGGAAGAACCUAAAUUCGACAAAAAAGAUUACCCGGAACCUAUUUUCGAAAGUCCGGUGUUCAUUUCACAUUUAAACAACAUCGAAUGCAACGAAAAUGACAACGUCCGAUUUGAAUGCAAAGUUGAACCUGCCAAAGAUCCAACUCUACAAAUUGAAUGGUUUGUGAAUGGAAAACCAUUGCCAUCUGGUUCACGUUUCAAAUCCACUUACGAUUUUGGAUUUGUAACUUUGGAUAUCAGCCAAACAUAUCCGGAAGACUCUGCAAUAUACACUUGCAAAGCUACCAACAACAAAGGCCAAGCAACUACCUCUGGAUCACUCCGUUGCUCUGGUAAAUCAUUGAUUUAUAGAGAAACUCAACAUCCUCAAGGAGUUGCCGGAUUAGAAAAAGUACAAGAAGUAGAAGACACAAUUUCUUCGAAAUAUCAACGCCAACCAUCAGCUCCUGAUGUAGAAUUCCAGAAACCAGUAUUCAUUAUACCAUUAGAACCUGAAGUACUCCUUACCGAAGGCGCACCUCUCCAUUUGGAAGCUCAAGUUGAACCCAGAAACGAUCCUAAUUUACAAAUCGAAUGGUAUUUCAACGGAAAAGCUCUUACUCAUGGUUCGAGAUUCCGAAUCACUAGCGAUUUUGGUUUCGUCACCUUGGACUGUACCGAUAUGUACGAUCGCGACCAAGGCGUAUACACUUGCAAAGCUAGCAACAAAGCUGGUGAAACGUACACCUCAACUACCAUCUACUGUACGACCAAAGAUAACCUCAUCGAAAAAACUCAACAUCCUAAGGGUCAAGAAGGUCUAGAGAAAAUCCAAGAUCUAGAAGAAUCGCUAAAGAGAGAGCCAAAAGCUCCGGCAGAAGGAGAAAUCGGCCAACCACCAGAAUUUACAUCACAAUUCCAAAACUUGAGCAAUUUGAAGGAAGGCGAAAUCGCUCAUUUCGAAGCAUCUCUUACUCCCAUUGGCGAUCAGACUAUGGUUGUAGAAUGGUUCUUCAAUGGAAAAGCAAUCGAAGCUAGUCAUAGAAUAAGAACCGUACAUGCAUUCGGUAUGGUUGUACUUGAAAUCCUGGGUACUAAAAUCGAAGACACGGGUGUUUACACUUGUAGAGCUACCAACAAAUGGGGCAGAGCUGAAAUCAGCGUUAAUCUAGAAUGCGUUGAAAAAUCCAAAGGACAGAAACCACAAUUCACGACACAUAUUCAGAGCUUGAGCGGAUUAAAAGAUGGUGAUUCGGCUCACUUCGAAUGUACCCUAAUCCCGGUCAACGAUCAGAAACUCAAAGUUGAAUGGUUCCAUAAUGGCCAACCUCUCCAUCAUAAGAAUCGUAUGAAGAUGGUAUCAGAUUUCGGUUUCGUUGUCAUGGAUAUCGCAUACGUUCAAAAUCACGAUUCCGGAGAAUACGUUUGCAGAGCUAGUAACGAAUAUGGUGAAGACUUUACGCGAGCAACUUUGCAAUGUAUUGGAAAAGGUGGCGUGUACAUUGAUUCAUUACAACCUGACUCAUUGGCUCGUAUUCGCGAACUCGAAAGCUACCAGCAACAGGCUGCACCGCCAACACCUCAGGUGAUGGAAGCACCUAAAUUCAUCACACAAAUAUCCGAUAUUACCAAGCUAAAAGAAGGUCAAAGUGCUCACUUCGAAGCUAGACUUACACCGGUGAAUGAUCCUAAUCUGGUGGUUGAAUGGUAUUACAACGGUAAAAAAUUACCUCACGGACAUCGUUAUCGUACUUUCCACGAUUUCGGUAUUGUUAUUCUCGAUAUUUUGUACUGCUACGAAGAGAAUUCCGGUGUAUAUGAAUGCAGAGCUACUAAUAAGUUGGGAUCUGAUACAACGAAAGCUACGUUGAAGUGUUUCUCGAAAUCGAAUCUCAUUUUGGACUCUCAGUUACCUAAGGGAAUGGAAUCCGGUUUGGAGAAAAUCCAAACUUUAGAAGAUUCUAUGAUUAAGAGCAAAGAUUUCAAAACAUCUGAGAUCACCAGACAAGCUCCAGUAUUCACAUCGCCCCUUUCCAACGUUGAUAAUCUAAGGGAAGGAGAAAAUGCUCAUUUCGAAGCUCGUCUCAUACCUACCGAUGAUCCUAAACUGAAUGUUGAAUGGUUCUGGAAUGGUAAACCACUACGUACCGGAUCCAGAUUCAGAACGUUCUGCGAUUUCGGUUUCGUCAUUCUCGAAAUCUCUCCCGUAUACCCCGAAGACUCGGGUGAAUAUUCCUGUCGUGCCACCAACGAAUAUGGCGAAGCUGUUACAACCGCUUCGAUGAAAGUACAAGGCAAACGAAGCAUCAUCUUGGAAUCACAGUUACCUAAGGGUAUGGAAGGUACCAUCGAUAAAUUAGCCGAACUAGAAGGUCUCGGUCAAGUACGUACCGAAGAAUACGAAGAUGAUACCGGUAAACCACCGGAAUUCGUUACGACUCCAUCUGAUCUUACGUUAUCGGAGAACUCAUUGGCUCAUUUCGAAUGCCGUCUGAAUCCUGUCAACGAUGCUAGCAUGAGAGUAGAAUGGUUCCAUAAUGGUAAACCUCUAUCUGCCGGAUCUAGAGUCAAAACUAUCAAUGAUUUCGGUUUCGUUAUUUUGGAAGUAUCUGGCGUCUAUAUUCGUGAUUCUGGAUUAUACACAUGCAAAGCUUCGAAUAGACACGGAGAAGCUACAGUAUCUUGUAAAUUACAAGUCCGAGGCAGACAAGGUAUCGUUUUAGAACCUCAGUUACCAUCAGAUUUCCGUACCGGUACAGAGAGCAUUCAGAAAUUAGAAGAAUCGCUUUAUAAACGCGAGGAAAUCAUUCCCGAAGAUGAAAAACCGAAUCCACCUCGAUUCACCGUUGAAUUGAAAGAUGUGUUGGAUGCUCAAGAAGCCGGUCCGGUUCAUUUCGAUUGCCGAGUUGAACCUGCCAACGAUCCAACUUUGAGAAUUGAUUGGUUCUUCAAUGGUCGUCCAUUUGCGACUGGUUCCCGUGUUCGUACUAUUAACGAUUUUGGAUACGUAUCUUUAGAUAUGGAAUAUGUCUACGCUAGAGAUAGCGGAGAAUACAUUUGUCGAGCUACCAAUAAGUGGGGAGCGGCUACUACUAAAGCUAAAGUCAUCUGCAAAGCCAAACGAGAUAUCGUUCUGGAUUCUCAACUACCUUCAGGAAUGAGUGGAGAAAAAUUGAAAGAUUUAGAACAAGGUCACGUUACUGAAGUUGUUCAAGAAGAGAAACCCAAAAUUCCUCCUAAAUUCUUAUACGAAAUCGAAUCCACAACUGUUGAAGAAUCUGAAACUGUUCACUUUGAAACCAGAGUCGAACCCAAAGACGAUUCUAGACUCAGAAUCGAAUGGUACAGAAAUGGCAAAUUGCUUCCUUCUGGAAGUCGAUUCAAAACUAUUUUCGAAUUGGGAUUCGUUUCUUUGGAUAUUUCUUACUUCUACGCUGAAGAUUCGGGCGAAUAUGUUUGUCGCGCUGUCAACGAUUGCGGUGAAGCUACUACCACAGCCAUGGUCACUUGUAAAAAACAACCAUCGAUUGUUUUACAAAACCAAGUACCGAAGGGUAUGAAGAAAUCGGAAGCUUUAAUGCAAAUGGAAGCUGCAUUGAAAAAAUACACUUCGGAAAUUCAUCUCACCGAAGAUGAUCUUUAUGAACCCGAGAAGAAACAACCACCGAGAUUCGUCACUCAAAUCAAAGAUCAAACCGAUUUAGUAGAAAUGCAAUGUACCAAAUUUGAAUGUCAACUUGCUCCCGUUGGAGAUCCAAACAUGAAAGUUGAAUGGUUCUUGAAUGGAAAACCAUUAGCACAUAAAAAUCGUCUCACUCCAAUUUACGAUUUCGGUUACGUUGCCAUGAAUUUCGGUUGGAUUUAUCCGGAGGACAGUGGCGAAUAUCUAUGCCGAGCCACCAAUUUAUACGGAUCAGAUGAAACCAAAGCUUAUAUCAAGACUGCCGGCAAACCUGGAAUUAUUUACGAUUCGCAGUUACCAAAGGGAAUGAAAAGUAUUGAAAAAAUACGAGAAAUGGAAGCAGCCUGGCAAACGCUUCCUGAAGAAAAGGCCGAAGAAGAGAAGCCAAGAGAAGCUCCUACGUUCGUCAGUAAACCAGAACCUGUCAGUGUUUGCGAAGGAGAUCAUGCCAGAUAUUGCUGCCGCGUUACAGGAUUCCCUCGUCCUCGUGUUAUGUGGAUCCUGAACGAUAGGACUGUUGUUAAUGGUACUCGAUAUAAAUUAACCUACGAUGGAAUGUGGCAUUUGGAUAUACCGAAAGUCAGGCAAUAUGAUCACGGUAAAGUUGAAAUUGUCGCCCGAAAUUCAGUCGGAGAAGCCAGAGUGCAAACCGUACUAGAUGUCAGGUCUCGUCACGACGAUUACAGAGCAGUAUUAAAGAAUUCUCCGAGACCAUUAGAUGCUUAUGUACACUACGUAUCGGUAUCGUCUAUGGAAUAUGUACGUAUCGAACAAGCCUGGUAUGACAGCGAACUUGUACCAUACCAAAAGGAAAGACAAGAUACCGAAUUAGAAAAGGUAUUCGAAGAAAGAAACGCUAUUGCUCAACAAGGAGGCGAAGUACUUGGAGUUGAACAUCUUAAAUCGAAGGUUGUCAAGGAACCGGAACCAGAAUGGACGCAGUCGGUACGCCAGAAGAAGAACGAAGAUUAUUACUCAAAAUUGAGAGAGCUCGAAGAAGAUCAGAUUGUCAAAGAAUCCAGAGUACGUGAAGCAUCUCACCAAUUCGCCAUCCCUGGAGAAAAGAUUACUCAAAAAUCAGUUGCCAAAGGGAUGGCUCAAUGUUACGAAAAGAAUUUGGAACCGAAAAAAGAAGAACUGCUGCCAUGGCAAGUGAAAGCUCUAAGUAAGAAACAGCUAUCACAAGAUCAAUUCGAACCAUCCGAAUCUGCAUCCGGAGUACAUGCCAAAGAAGUGCACGUUUCGAAACAAAAACAAACUCAAAAAGAAGUCCAGGGAGAUAAAGAAAUCCACCGUAACAUUACAUCAACCGAAACGACAGAAAUGGAACACAAAGCCGACACUCAAGAAAGAAUUGUUCAAGGACCUACGAAACCAACAACUCCGCCAGUCUUCACGAAGAAAAUCCAACCUUGCCGAGUUUUCGAACAAGGAUCAGCUCGAUUCGAAGUAGAAUUCGACGGCGAUCCUUUACCCAAGGUUAAAUGGUACAGAGAAGAUUUCCUCAUACAGAAUUCGCCCGAUUUCCAGAUCCAUACUCUUAGUACAAAAUCAAUCCUUAUUAUUAGACAAGUAUUUAUGGAAGACUCCGGCGUAUUCAGUGCAGUAGCUGAGAAUCGCGGUGGUAAAGCUAAAUGUAGCGCUAAUCUUGUGGUUGAAGAACGUCGCCAGAUUGGUAGAAAAGGAAACGUACCACCUAGCUUUUUAAAUACCGUACAAAAUACCGUCGUGAAAGCUGGUCAAUUGGCCCGAUUCGAUGCUCGUGUGACCGGCACCAAGCCAUUAGAUGUUUAUUGGCUCAAAAAUGGAAAGAAAAUCGCCUCUGAUAUCCGUUACAAAGUCGUUGAAGAAGAUAACCUAUAUACUUUGCUCAUCAUUGAAACUGUCCCCGAAGACAGUGGUACUUACGAAUGUGUUGCUAUCAAUAACGCCGGCGAAGCUAGAUGCGAAGCCGAAUGCACCAUUCAACCUACCAGCACUGCCACCGCUAAAACAAAAACCCAAACUCAAACUCAAACUGCCCAACAACAAGCUCCCAGUAUUGUAGAACCUCUCAAAGGAUUAGUCAUGAAAGAAGGCCAACCAGCCGUAUUCAAAUGUAAAAUAUCCGGCAAAGCUCCUCUUCAAAUCAAAUGGUACAAAGGUGAUGAAAUAAUCAAACCGUCCAAGUAUUUCCAAAUGUCCAGAGAAGGAGAUACGAAUACAUUGAGAAUCUCCGAAGUCUUCCCAGAAGACGAAGGCGAAUAUAAAUGCAUCGUAUCUAACCAAGGCGGAAAAGUGCAAGUUUCAGCUCCGUUGAAAGUACUAGCUCCUGAAACCACUGAUGUUGCGCCUACUCUUAGUCCUAUGAAAAAUGUUACCGUGUUAGAAGGAAAUCCUGCCCAAUUCAGAACACAAGUCACCGGUAAACCGAAACCAACUAUUCAGUGGUUCAGAGAAGGAGCUUUGAUACCACAAUCACCUGACUUCGAGAUGACCUUUGAUGGUACUUCUGCCUCUUUAGUAAUUACAUCGACGUACGAGGAGGACAGCGGUACGUUUACGUGCCGAGCCACCAGUACUGCUGGACAAGUAGAAACUUCUGCUUUACUUACUGUCAAACGACGGCCCGGAAUCGUGCAAAAAAUACCUGUUAGCGAUCAAAAGAAGGGUGGGCAACUGACUACUAAGGGAGCACCUGGUGGCCAAAAAGGCAUCUCUGCUUCACCUGAAUUUUACCUGAGUGAAGAAACAUCUACAAGUAGUGAAGAAGUGAGUGAUGUUAUAGAAUUACCCCAAGGAGAUGAAACUUUACCUUGGAGGGUAACAAAACGUCGUCGUGUAGUGGCUGCCUCUCAACAUUAUGAAAGUCCUCAAAGAUAUACUGAGGACUCGACCACUUUGAAAGUUUCUCAAGAAAAACAGCAUGCCAAGAAAGUUAUUGACAAAGUGUUGACCAGGGAAUUAGCCAAAGAUGAUGAGCCACACCCAGAACAUGCUACAGAAAGUGUUCAAAUUAGUAAAACUAAGAAAGCCACUAGGAAGCAAAUUGAAACUAGGGCUGGUCAAAUUUAUGAUGAAGACCAAAUACCUGAAGAUUUAUCUAAAGAUGCUAUUGAACCUGAGCAGACAGGCAUCCAAAUUACUAAAAUUAAAAAGGUAGGGUUAGUUAGAAAAGUUAUGAAAACAAACACUGGCCAGGUUUCUGAUGAGCAACUACUUCCUGAAGAAUUGACCUCAGACCAAAAAACUAAAAAAACUAUGACAAAAAUCACAAAAACAAGAGCAAGUCAAGUUUAUGAAGAACAACCUGAAGAUGUAUCUCAAUCAGUUACGGGUGCAUUUAAAAUUGAACCUCAAACUCAACUAACAAAAUCUUUGAAGAAAGGUGAAGAAUUGGUGACUGGUGUCUACCAACCUUCUCCUGAAAUAUCUGAGGAUGAAAAUAUUGAACACAUCAAGAAAAAGAAAGCUAAAAAAGUCAUUGGAAAAGUGUUAGAAAAGCAACUCAUCAGAAGUGAUGAUGAGGAAGUACCUUGGAGAAAGAAGCCUGAUACUUUGUUGAUAGAAGAUGUUUCUGAUAAACAAAUUGCAACAUAUCAGGAAGAUAUUGUUGAAGAUGCUGUUGAUAAACAGCAUCCUCAUCCCAGUGUACUUGAUGAAAUAGCUGAUGUAGGAGGUAUGGUGAAAAUUAAAUUUAAAACUACUGAAAAGGGAAAAAUAGUUCAACAAGAUGACCAAGAUGGAACCAGAUUAACCAUAGCUCAAGCAGAAGUUGAGCAUGAUAGAAGUAAAACCAUUGCUUCAUGGAGAAAAAAACCUGAUGAUGAAGAUAUUCCUUCUCAAACUGAAUCAAAACCCAAAGAACUGGUUCCAUGGACACAAGAAGAAAUCACAUUAAAGAAGGUAGAUACUAAGAGAAAAUCUAGUUUGAAAGAAACUGAAAUUGAAAAUAUUCAAUUGUUGGAUAAAAAGAAAUCUGUUCCUUGGACACAAGAAAAAAUUGUUCUCAAAAAACCAACUCCUAUUACUGAAUCUGAUAUGGAGAAACCAAAAACUGAUGAAGGUCAAAAGAUAAAACCUUGGACUGAAGAACAUAUUAUUCUAAGAAAGCCUUCUUUGGCUCCAGAAGAUGUAGAUGAUACAAUUCCUAAACUACUAAAACCAGGAGAACCAGAAAAAAAAACUAUUCCUUGGACUGAAGAGAAAAUUGUUUUGAAGAAACCAUCACUCUUACCAGGAGAUGUAGAAAUGACCCCUAUAGAUGAUUCAGAUGAUAAAAUUAAACCAUGGACUGAAGAAAAAAUCAUCUUGAGAAAGCCAUCUUUGGCUCCUGAAAGUGAAGAUGAACUUACUCAAAAACCAAAGUACAAAAAAGGAGAUGGCCCUGUACCAUGGACAGAAGAAAAAAUAGAAUUGAAAAAACCCGCUGAAGUCCCUAAACAGAGGGCAUCUGAUUCUGUAGUUGAACCUCUGAAACCUAUAGAUAGUAAAAAGUCUCCUAUUCCAUGGACUGAAGAGAAAAUUUCUUUGAGAAAACCAUCAUUAACCUUUGAUGAUGACCUUGAAAAAUCCUAUGAGAAACCUACAAAACACACUGAUGGAAGAAAAACUCCAGUUCCUUGGACAGAAGAAAAGGUUACAUUACGAAAACCUUCUCCUAUUCGCAAAGACAUCUCUAAAUUACCUGAAACCUCCCUUUUAUCAUCCGAAGGUAAAGAUGCUCCUAUUCCAUGGACCCAGGAAAAAGUAACUCUUAGAAAACCUUCACUCACACCUGAAGAUGAUCUCACAAAACCUAUAGAUAUACCUUUGAAAACUACUGAAGGAAGAAAAACUCCAGUUCCUUGGACUGAAGAAAAAAUUGCAUUGAGAAAACCAUCACCAGUUCGCAAAGAACCCCUAGAGUCUUCUGAGAAACCUACUGAUGGUAAGAAGACACCCAUUCCAUGGACUGAAGAAAAAAUAACUCUGAGAAAACCUUCACUUCAACCAGAAACUGAUUCUGAGAAACCAUCAGAUGAAAGUUUAAAACAAAGUGAAAGAAAAAAAUCUCCAAUUCCAUGGACUGAAGAGAAGGCUUCUUUGAGAAAACCCUCUCCAAUUCGUAAAGAAACUAUAGAAUCAACCAUGAAACUUCAACCUACUGAUGAUAAAAAGACUCCAAUUCCAUGGACAGAAGAAAAAGUUACAUUGAGAAAACCUUCUCUUGAGCCAGAAGGUGAAUCUGAUAACGCAUCAAAUAAGCCUCCAAAACCAAGAGAAGGAUCCAAAACUCCUAUUCCAUGGACAGAAGAGAAAGUUACUUUGAGAAAACCCUCUCCAAUUCGUAAAGAAACUAUAGAAUCAACUGAGAAACUUCAAUCAACUGAUGAUAAAAGGACUCCAAUUCCAUGGACAGAAGAAAAAGUUACAUUGAGAAAGCCUUCUCUUGAGCCAGAAAGUGAGUCUGAUAACACAUCAAAUAAGCCUCCAAAACCAAGAGAAGGAUCCAAAACUCCUAUUCCAUGGACAGAUGAGAAAGUUACUUUGAGGAAACCCUCUCCAAUUCGCAAAGAAACUAUAGAAUCAACUGAGAAACUUCAGUCAACUGAUGAUGAAAAGACUACAAUUCCAUGGACAGAAGAAAAAGUAACACUGAGAAAACCUUCACUUCAACCAGAAAUUGAUUCUGAGAAACCCUCAGAAAAACCUCCAAAACCAAGAGAAGGAAGAAAAACUCCUGCUCCAUGGACAGAAGAGAAGAUUUCUUUGCAAAAACCUUCUCCUAUUCGCAAAGAAGGUGGACAAUGUGAUUCUGAGAAACUUUUAGAUAGGCUCAUAAAACCUGAUGAAGAAAAAACUCCUGCUCCAUGGAUAGAAGAAAAAGUUUUUGCUCCAAGGACAGAACAGAAAACUACUCUUUCUAAAUCUUCCCUUUCUCCAGAAGACAUUACAGAGCUCAAAGAAAAACUUCUGGAAGAGGAAAGCACACAGAAAAUAUAUCAAAGGAAGAAAGCUAAAAAAGAUACUGUUGAACAUACUAUACUCAUUGAUACUAAAACUUCAGAUGUACCGCUACCUCAAGAUGUAGAAAUCUGUGUACCAGAAGAACAAAAGCCAUCCACUCCAUGGACUCAGGAAAAAGUUGUCCUGAAAAAGACAUUGAUUGAACAGAAAUCGAUUGAAAAACCAAAGCUUGAUGCAGUGCAGUUGAAACCAGUAAAGAAAACUAAAACUGUUGAAUUGAAACAGCCAGAAGAAAAUACUGAGGAUAGUAUUCCAGUAGCAGAACAAGCUAAAGGAGGAGAGAAUCAUGAGGUGUCUUGGAGAAGACCUAGGGAUAGGAAAGAGGCUAUCAAGGUACCUGUAGAAAAGCAGCUAGUUAUUGAGCAUAAAUCUGAAGAAGUGAUCCCUCAGACUGAGAAAUAUGUCUUGGAAGAUAAUGUAUUGAUUGAUACAAAGUCCAAAGAAUCUGAGAAACAAAAACCUUCACUAAAGAAAGAACAAUCAGUGUUUGACUUGGGUCUUGAUUAUUCAAAGAAAAUCACUCCUCAAGCAAAAUCAGUCUUGAAAAUUGAUGAAAAACCUAAAUUAGAAAAAGUAGAAAAACCAAAACCAGAAGAACUACAUCAGCCAUUCUCAUUGGGUUUAGACUACUCUCAGAAAGUAUCCAGAAAACCUGAUUCAUUACUGAAAAAGCCUAAAGAGAAAGAAACUAAACCAGAAACUAAAGAUGGAAAAGUAGGCUUUGGUUUAGAUUAUAAUCGUAAAACAUUUAAAAAGUCACCAAAUCAAAUAGAUAAAAAACUUGAAGAAACCCCAAGUUUAGAAUGGGUAAAUCCUGAUUCUUCUGAUGGAAUCCCACAGAGUAUUGUUGAAGAGAAACCUUUUGAUGAUGAAACAUCUACUUUAAUAAACCCCAUUAUUCCAUGGAAACGUGGCAAAGGAAAGACUCCAGCAGAAGGAACUGCAUUAGAGGAGGUUCAUUUAAAACCAGGUAGAUCUGAAGAAACUCCUUCAAUAUUGAAACAACCUGAAGAGCCCCAUAAAGAUUUACCAUUGCCUGAAAGUAUUCCAGUGUAUCAACGCAAAAAGCAGCCCAGAAUUAAAAAACCUGGGAUAGAAGAGGAAGGAAAAGUAAAAGCAGUUCCAAUAGAUGAUAAUGUAGCACAACCUUAUGGAGUACAAGAAAAAUGUCAACCUCAAGAAUCUCAUCCCUCAGAAUUAGUUAAAGGUGAGCUAGAAAAGAGUACUAGUGAAGAAGAACAAGUAAAACCUAUGAAAAUUGGAAAAGGCAAAGUACCAGAGGAAAGAGAUGAAACAGAAAUUGUAAAAUUGAAAAAGAUACCAGAAAAACUUCAGAAGCCUGAAGAAGAAAUUCCAGAGAAAAAGAAGCCUUUAAAACCUACUUCUGAAAUACCAUCUAAACCUGCUGAUGAUUAUGAUUUGAAAUUGAAACCUAUAGGUCCUCUGGAUACAGGAGAAAUACCUGAUUUUCCCUCUAGAGAAGGGCCUAUUUCUGAGGAGAAAGACACUGAGACACCAAUUGAAAAGAAAAAAAGACCUAAAAAAGAAAAACCUACAAAACCAGAGGAAGUACCUGAGGAUAGGACAAUUGUACCUGGAAUUCCCAAACCACAACCUAAAGAUCAAGAUCAAGAUAUCACACUGAAGAAGAAACAAGGUCCAAAGCCUGAAGAACUGCCAGAAAUAAUUUCUUUGAAACCCAUACCAAAGAAAAAGCCGGAGGAUGAGGAAAAAUCAAAGGAACCCUCUAUGGUGAAACCAAAACCAUUUGAUAUUGAGCGCCCAGAAGAAGAUCUUAAGCCCAAUAAAUUUAAAGAUGCUCCUGAAAAGAGGAAGAAAAUUUAUAAAAAGCAAUCAGAGGAUAAGAUUCCUGCAAAUUUGGAGGAAAGUACUGAGAAACCUGAAGAGGCGCCUUCCCAGGAGGGUAAUGUUCCUAUAGAAGAUAUUCCACAAAAAGCUGAUGGAAUAGUUCCAUCUAACAAAACUGAUGAUGUACCUGUGACUGAAGAAGACAUUUGUGAACCGCAAGUACCUGAUGCUGAUAAACCUGAUGAAAAAGUACCUGGUAUUGAUAAAGUACCAGGCAAAAGGAAAAUAAUUAAGAAAAUUAAGAAAACAAAACCAGAGGAAAAAGACUAUCCUGAAGAAGCACAAUCAACAACUGAACAACCUGAUGAGAAGUUGGGUGAAAAGCCAAAAGAAGAAAAACUGGAAUUGCUACCAGUGCCCCUUGAAAGAGGUGAAGUGAAACCAACAAAGUUGAAGGUAUCUGAGCCUGAAAAUGUUCCUUCAUUUGCUACAAUUAAGUUGAAAAAGGCACCUGCUAAGCCAAAACCAGAAGUAGAUACAACAACAGUGCCAAAAGUACUUCUCAAGAGUCGUAUUCAACAUUUUGAUUGGCCUCCAUCAAUGCAAACGCCUGUAAUUACCCAACUACCAGAAAUAUAUGUUGACAAUGGGAUUUUAUCACGAAAUUAUGUUGAAGCUAUGGCUGUUAAAAAAAUUAAACGACGUAAAUUCAAACCUACUGAGAAAAUAGAUGUUCCUCUUGAGAAAUUUGAACCAUUCCCACAACCUGAAAAACCUGAAGCUCCAGAAAAACAACCAGAUGAAAGACCAAAGCCUGAAAAACCAGUUAAAAAGAUUCCUGAAGAAGAACAUCCACAACCCUUGAAAAUUGGAAAAGGCAAAAUACCAGAGGAAAAAGAUGAAAGGGAAAUUGUAAAAUUGAAAAGGAUACCAGAAAAACCUCAGAAGCCUGAAGAAGAAAUUCCAGAGAAAAAGAAGCCUUUAAAACCUACUUCUGAAAUACCAUCUAAACCUGCUGAUGAUUAUGAUUUGAAAUUGAAACCUUUAGGUCCUCUGGAUACUGGAGAAAUACCUGAUUUUCCCUCUAGAGAAGGGCCUAUUUCUGAGGAGAAAGACACUGAGACACCCAUUGAAAAGAAAAAAAGACCUAAAAAAGAAAAGCCUACAAAACCAGAUGAAGUACCUGAAGAUAGGACAAUUGUACCUGGAAUUCCCAAACCACAACCUGAAGAUCAAGAUCAAGAUAUCACACUGAAGAAGAAACAAGGUCCCAAGCCUGAGGAACAACCAGAAGGAAUAACUUUGAAACCUAUCCCCAAAAAGCAGCCCGAAGAAGAAGAAAAGGCUAAACAACCUUCAUUGGGGAAACCAAAACCACAAGAUAUAGAACGACCAGAAGAGGACUUAGAACCGAAACACUUCAAAGGCAAGCCGGAAAAGAAAAAGAAAUUGAAACCACAAAAACCAAGUGAUGAGGAAACCAGCUCAAUAGAUGAUUCCACUGUUCCAAAUGUCCAAUUAGAAGAUAUUAUACCUACUGAAGAGACUAAUAUUCCUUCUAUACCCUGGAGACAAGCCAAAUCAAAAAAAGAGGAAACUAGCCAAAUGCCAGCUGUGCUAGAAAAAAUAGAGCAAGGGUCUAUUGUAAAAAUCAGAUUCAAGAAGACCUCUGAAGCUGAAAUUUUAGGUAUUACACAACCUGAUGUUGUGACAAUGCAGAAUGUUGAUAUUAUCCAGGACUGUACAGAGAGUCUUCCUGUGGAAGAGGACAAACAAACAAUUAGGACAAAAACAACAGUCAAACAAAGUAAAAAAACUAAACAUGUUCAGUUUAGUGAGGACAUUCAGCAAGAACAUGUCAUAGAUGAGCAAGAUGAAAAUAUAACUGAACAGAAUAUAACUAUAACUAUGGAAGAAAAUGAUGAAGUAUUUGACAAACCCCAUUCUCAAAUGACUCUACAGCAAAUUCCCAUUGCCCUUAAAGGAGAUAAGUUGAAACUACCAUGGAGAAAAUCAAAAAAGGAUAGAGGCGGGGAUGAUUCAAACCUGCUUGAAGAAAAACCUGAUCAAAAAGAACUGCCAGAAGAGCAGCCUUCUGAGAUUGUCACAUUCCCCAAUGAGAGAACACAAGAAAUUGUUACAAUCAAAAAAGUUAAAAGGGUCAGAAAAAUUAAAGAUGGCAAGGUGGUUGAAGAUGUAACUGUGGAGGAUGAUUCCACCAAGCCUGAAGAGAAACCUGGUCUAGAAGAACUGCCUGAAGAGCUGCCUUCUGAAAUUGUUACUUUCCCUGAUGAAAAAACACAAGAGAUUGUAACUGUGAAAAAAGUUAAGAGGGUCAGAAAAAUUAAAGAUGGCAAGGUAGUUGAAGAUGUAACUGUGGAGGAUGAUUCCACCAAGCCUGAAGAGAAACCUGGUCCAGAAGAACUGCCAGAAGAGCUGCCCUCUGAGAUUGUUACAUUCCCUGAUGAAAAAACACAAGAGAUUGUAACUGUGAAAAAAGUUAAAAGGGUCAGAAAAAUUAAAGAUGGCAAAGUGGUUGAAGAUGUAACUGUGGAGGAUAAUUCCACCAAGCCAGAAAAGAAACCUGGUCCAGAAGAGCAGCCUUCUGAGAUUGUUACUUUCCCUGAUGAGAAAACACAAGAAAUUGUAACUGUGAAAAAAUGUAAGAGGGUCAGAAAAAUUAAAGAUGGCAAGGUGGUUGAAGAUGUAACUGUGGAGGAUGAUUCCACCAAGCCUGAAGAGAAACCUGGUCCUGAAGAACUGCCUGAAGAGCAGCCCUCUGAGAUUGUUACUUUCCCUGAUGAAAAAACACAAGAGAUUGUAACUGUGAAAAAAGUUAAAAGGGUCAGAAAAAUUAAAGAUGGCAAGGUGGUGGAAGAUGUAAUUGUGGAGGAUGAUUCCACCAAGCCUGAAGAGAAACCUGGUCCAGAAGAGCAGCCUUCUGAGAUUGUUACUUUCCCUGAUGAGAAAACACAAGAAAUUGUAACUGUCAAAAAGGUUAAAAGGGUCAGAAAAAUUAAAGAUGGCAAGGUGGUUGAAGAUGUAACUGUGGAGGAUGAUUCCACCAAGCCUGAAGAGAAACCUGGUCCAGAAGAACUGCCUGAAGAGCUGCCCUCUGAGAUUGUUACAUUCCCUGAUGAAAAAACACAAGAGAUUGUAACUGUGAAAAAAGUUAAAAGGGUCAGAAAAAUUAAAGAUGGCAAAGUGGUUGAAGAUGUAACUGUGGAGGAUGAUUCCACCAAGCCAGAAGAGAAACCUGGUCCAGAAGAGCAGCCUUCUGAGAUUGUUACUUUCCCUGAUGAAAAAACACAAGAAAUUGUAACUGUCAAAAAAGUGAAAAGGGUCAGAAAAAUUAAAGAUGGUAAGGUGGUAGAAGAUGUAACUGUGGAGGAUGAUUCCACCAAGCCUGAAGAGAUACCUGGUCCAGAAGAGCAGCCUUCUGAGAUUGUUACAUUCCCUGAUGAGAGAACACAAGAAAUUAUUACUGUCAAAAAAGUGAAAAGGGUCAGAAAAAUUAAAGAUGGCAAGAUGGUUGAAGAUGUAACUUUGGAGGAUGAUUUCACCAAGCCUGGAGAGAAACCUGGUCCAGAAGAACUGCCUGAAGAGCUGCCCUCUGAGAUUGUUACAUUCCCUGAUGAAAAAACACAAGAGAUUGUAACUUUCAAAAAAGUGAGAAGGGUCAGAAAAAUUAAAGAUGGCAAGGUGGUUGAAGAUGUAACUGUGGAGGAUGAUUCCACCAAGCCUGAAGAGUUACCUGGUCCAGAAGAACUGCCUGAAGAGCUGCCCUCUGAGAUUGUUACAUUCCCUAAUGAAAAAACACAAGAGAUUGUAACUGUGAAAAAAGUGAAAAGGGUCAGAAAAAUUAAAGAUGGCAAAGUGGUUGAAGAUGUAACUGUGGAGGAUGAUUCCACCAAGCCUGAAGAGAAACCAGGUCCAAAAGAGCAGCCUUCUGAGAUUGUUACUUUCCCUGAUGAGAAAACACAAGAGAUUGUAACUGUGAAAAAUGUUAAGAGGGUCAGAAAAAUUAAAGAUGGCAAGGUGGUUGAAGAUGUAACUGUGGAGGAUGAUUCCACCAAGCCUGAAGAGAAACCUGGUCCAGAAGAAUUGCCUGAAGAGCUGCCUUCUGAAAUUGUUACUUUCCCUGAUGAAAAAACACAAGAGAUUGUAACUGUGAAAAAAGUUAAAAGGGUCAGAAAAAUUAAAGAUGGCAAAGUGGUUGAAGAUGUAACUGUGGAGGAUAAUUCCACCAAGCCAGAAAAGAAACCUGGUCCAGAAGAGCAGCCUUCUGAGAUUGUUACUUUCCCUGAUGAGAAAACACAAGAAAUUGUAACUGUGAAAAAAUUUAAGAGGGUCAGAAAAAUUAAAGAUGGCAAGGUGGUUGAAGAUGUAACUGUGGAGGAUGAUUCCACCAAGCCUGAAGAGAAACCUGGUCCUGAAGAACUGCCUGAAGAGCAGCCCUCUGAGAUUGUUACUUUCCCUGAUGAAAAAACACAAGAGAUUGUAACUGUGAAAAAAGUUAAAAGGGUCAGAAAAAUUAAAGAUGGCAAGGUGGUGGAAGAUGUAAUUGUGGAGGAUGAUUCCACCAAGCCUGAAGAGAAACCUGGUCCAGAAGAGCAGCCUUCUGAGAUUGUUACUUUCCCUGAUGAGAAAACACAAGAAAGUGUAACUGUCAAAAAGGUUAAAAGGGUCAGAAAAAUUAAAGAUGGCAAGGUGGUUGAAGAUGUAACUGUGGAGGAUGAUUCCACCAAGCCUGAAGAGAUACCUGGUCCAGAAGAGCAGCCUUCUGAGAUUGUUACAUUCCCUGAUGAGAGAACACAAGAAAUUAUUACUGUCAAAAAAGUGAAAAGGGUCAGAAAACUUAAAGAUGGUAAGGUGGUAGAAGAUGUAACUGUGGAGGAUGAUUCCACCAAGCCUGAAGAGAUACCUGGUCCAGAAGAGCAGCCUUCUGAGAUUGUUACAUUCCCUGAUGAGAGAACACAAGAAAUUAUUACUGUCAAAAAAGUGAAAAGGGUCAGAAAAAUUAAAGAUGGCAAAGUGAUUGAAGAUGUAACUGUGGAGGAUGAUUCCACCAAGCCUGAAGAGAAACCUGGUCCAGAAGAGCAGCAUUCUGAGAUUGUUACAUUCCCUGAUGAAAAAACACAGGAGAUUGUAACUGUGAAAAAAGUUAAAAGGGUCAGAAAAAUUAAAGAUGGCAAGGUGGUUGAAGAUGUAACUGUAGAGGAUGAUUCCACCAAGCCUGAAGAGAAACCUGCUUCAGAAGAACUGCCUGAAGAGCUGCCUUCUGAGAUUGUUACUUUCCCUGAUGAGAAAACACAAGAAAUUGUAACUGUCAAAAAAGUUAAAAGGGUCAGAAAAAUUAAAGAUGGCAAGGUGGUUGAAGAUGUAACUGUGGAGGAUGAUUCCACCAAGCCUGAAGAGAAACCUGGUCCAGAAGAACUGCCUGAAGAGCUGCCCUCUGAGAUUGUUACAUUCCCUGAUGAAAAAACACAAGAGAUUGUAACUGUGAAAAAAGUUAAAAGGGUCAGAAAAAUUAAAGAUGGCAAAGUGGUUGAAGAUGUAACUGUGGAGGAUGAUUCCACCAAGCCAGAAGAGAAACCUGGUCCAGAAGAACUACCUGAAGAGCUGCCUUCUGAUAUUGUUACUUUCCCUGAUGAAAAAACACAAGAGAUUGUAACUGUGAAAAAAGUUAAAAGGGUCAGAAAAAUUAAAGAUGGCAAGGUGGUUGAAGAUGUAAUUGUGGAGGAUGAUUCUACCAAGCCUGAAGAGAAACCAGGUCCAAAAGAGCAGCCUUCUGAGAUUGUUACUUUCCCGGAUGAAAAAACACAAGAGAUUGUAACUGUGAAAAAAGUUAAAAGAGUCAGAAAAAUUAAAGAUGGCAAGGUGGUUGAAGAUGUAACUGUGGAGGAUGAUUCCACCAAGCCUGAAGAGAAACCUGGUCCAGAAGAACUGCCUGAAGAGCUGCCCUCAGAGAUUGUUACUUUCCCUGAUGAAAAAACACAAGAGAUUGUAACUGUGAAAAAAGUUAAACGGGUCAGAAAAAUUAAAGAUGGCAAGGUGGUUGAAGAUGUAACUGUGGAGGAUGAUUCCACCAAGCCAGAAGAGAAACCUGGUCCAGAAGAACUGCCUGAAGAGCUGCCCUCUGAGAUUGUUACAUUCCCCGAUGAAAAAACACAAGAGAUUGUAACUGUUAAAAAAGUUGGGACGGUCCGAAAAAUUAAAGAUGGCAAGUUGGUUGAAGAUGUAACUGUGGAGGAUGAUUCCACCAAGCCUGAAGAGAAACCUGGUCCAGAAGAGCAGCCUUCUGAGAUUGUUACUUUCCCUGAUGAGAAAACAAAAGAAAUUAUAACUGUCAAAAAAGUUAAAAAGGUCAGAAAAAUUAAAGAUGGCAAGUUGGUUGAAGAUGUAACUGUGGAGGAUGAUUCCACCAAGCCUGAAGAGAAACCUGGUCCAGAAGAGCAGCCUUCAGAGAUUGUUACUGUCCCUGAUGAGAAAACAAAAGAAAUUAUAACUGUCAAAAAAGUUAAAAAGGUCAGAAAAAUUAAAGAUAGCAAGGUGGUUGAAAAUGUAACUGUGGAGGAUGAUUCCACCAAGCCUGAAGAGAAACCUGCUCCAGAAGAACUGCCUGAAGAGCUGCUUUCUGAGAUUGUUACUUUCCCUGAUGAGAAAACACAAGAAAUUGUAACUGUCAAAAAAGUUAAAAGGGUCAGAAAAAUUAAAGAUGGCAAGGUGGUUGAAGAUGUAACUGUGGAGGAUGAUUCCACCAAGCCUGAAAAGAAACCUGGUCCAGAAGAACUGCCUGAAGAGCUGCCCUCUGAGAUUGUUACAUUCCCUGAUGAAAAAACACAAGAGAUUGUAACUGUGAAAAAAGUUAAAAGGGUCAGAAAAAUUAAAGAUGGCAAAGUGGUUGAAGAUGUAACUGUGGAGGAUGAUUCCACCAAGCCAGAAGAGAAACCUGGUCCAGAAGAGCAGCCUUCUGAGAUUGUUACAUUCCCUGAUGAGAAAUCACAAGAAAUUAUUACUGUGAAAAAAGUUAAAAGAGUCAGAAAAAUUAAAGAUGGCAAGGUGGUUGAAGAUGUAACUGUGGAGGAUGAUUCCACCAAGCCUGAAGAGAAACCUGGUCCAGAAGAAUUGCCUGAAGAGCUGCCUUCUGAGAUUGUUACUUUCCCUGAUGAGAAAACACAAGAAAUUGUAACUGUCAAAAAAGUUAAAAGGGUCAGAAAAAUUAAAGAUGGCAAGGUGGUUGAAGAUGUAACUGUGGAGGAUGAUUCCACCAAGCCUGAAGAGAAACCUGGUCCAGAAGAACUGCCUGAAGAGCUGCCCUCUGAGAUUGUUACAUUCCCUGAUGAGAAAACACAAGAAAUUAUUACUGUCAAAAAAGUGAAAAUGGUCAGAAAAAUUAAAGAUGGCAAGGUGGUUGAAGAUGUAACUGUGGAGGAUGAUUCCACGAAGCCUGAAGAGAAACCUGGUCCAGAAGAACUACCUGAAGGGCUGCCUUCUGAUAUUGUUACUUUCCCUGAUGAAAAAACACAAGAGAUUGUAACUGUGAAAAAAGUUAAAAGAGUCAGAAAAAUUAAAGAUGGCAAGGUGGUUGAAGAUGUAACUGUGGAGGAUGAUUCCACCAAGCCUGAAGAGAAACCUGGUCCAGAAGAACUGCCUGAAGAGCUGCCCUCUGAGAUUGUUACAUUCCCUGAUGAGAAAACACAAGAAAUUAUUACUGUCAAAAAAGUGAAAAGGGUCAGAAAAAUUAAAGAUGGCAAGGUGGUUGAAGAUGUAACUGUGGAGGAUGAUUCCACGAAGCCUGAAGAGAAACCUGGUCCAGAAGAACUACCUGAAGAGCUGCCUUCUGAUAUUGUUACUUUCCCUGAUGAAAAAACACAAGAGUUUGUAACUGUGAAAAAAGUUAAAAGGGUCAGAAAAAUUAAAGAUGGCAAGGUGGUUGAAGAUGUAAUUGUGGAGGAUGAUUCUACCAUGCCUGAAGAGAAACCAGGUCCAAAAGAGCAGCCUUCUGAGAUUGUUACUUUACCGGAUGAAAAAACACAAGAGAUUGUAACUGUGAAAAAAGUUAAAAGAGUCAGAAAAAUUAAAGAUGGCAAGGUGGUUGAAGAUGUAACUGUGGAGGAUGAUUCCACCAAGCCUGAAGAGAAACCUGGUCCAGAAGAAUUGCCUGAAGAGCUGCCCUCUGAGAUUGUUACAUUCCCUGAUGAAAAAACACAAGAGAUUAUAACUGUCAAAAAAGUUAAAAGGGUCAGAAAAAUUAAAGAUGGCAAGGUGGUUGAAGAUGUAACUGUGGAGGAUGAUUCCACCAAGCCUGAAGAGAAACCUGGUCCAGAAGAACUGCCUGAAGAGCUGCCCUCUGAGAUUGUUACAUUCCCUGAUGAGAAAACACAAGAAAUUAUUCCUGUCAAAAAAGUGAAAAGGGUCAGAAAAAUUAAAGAUGGCAAGGUGGUUGAAGAUGUAACUGUGGAGGAUGAUUCCACGAAGCCUGAAGAGAAACCUGGUCCAGAAGAACUACCUGAAGAGCUGCCUUCUGAUAUUGUUACUUUCCCUGAUGAAAAAACACAAGAGAUUGUAACUGUGAAAAAAGUUAAAAGGGUCAGAAAAAUUAAAGAUGGCAAGGUGGUUGAAGAUGUAAUUGUGGAGGAUGAUUCUACCAUGCCUGAAGAGAAACCAGGUCCAAAAGAGCAGCCUUCUGAGAUUGUUACUUUACCGGAUGAAAAAACACAAGAGAUUGUAACUGUGAAAAAAGUUAAAAGAGUCAGAAAAAUUAAAGAUGGCAAGGUGGUUGAAGAUGUAACUGUGGAGGAUGAUUCCACCAAGCCUGAAGAGAAACCUGGUCCAGAAGAAUUGCCUGAAGAGCUGCCCUCUGAGAUUGUUACAUUCCCUGAUGAAAAAACACAAGAGAUUAUAACUGUGAAAAAAGUUAAAAGGGUCAGAAAAAUUAAAGAUGGCAAGGUGGUUGAAGAUGUAACUGUGGAGGAUGAUUCCACCAAGCCUGAAGAGAAACCUGGUCCAGAAGAACUACCUGAAGAGCUGCCUUCAGAGAUUGUUACUUUCCCUGAUGAAAAAACACAAGAAAUUGUAACUGUGAAAAAAGUGAAAAGGGUCAGAAAAAUUAAAGAUGGCAAGGUGGUUGAAGAUGUAACUGUGGAGGAUGAUUCUACCAAGCCUGAAGAGAAACCGGGUCCAGAAGAGCAGCCUGAAGAGCUGCCCUCUGAGAUUGUUACUUUCCCUGAUGAAAAAACACAAGAGAUUGUAACUGUGAAAAAAGUUAAAAGGGUCAGAAAAAUUAAAGAUGGCAAGGUGGUUGAAGAUGUAACUGUGGAGGAUGAUUCUACCAAGCCUGAAGAGAAACUGGGUCCAGAAGAGCAGCCUUCUGAGAUUGUCACUUUCCCUGAUGAAAAUACACAAGAGAUUGUACCUGUGAAAAAAGUUAAAAGGGUCAGAAAAAUUAAAGAUGGCAAGGUGGUUGAAGAUGUAACUGUGGAGGAUGAUUCCACCAAGCCUGAAGAAAAACCUGUUCCAGAAGAGCAGCCUUCUGAUAUUAUUACUUUCCCUGAUGAAAAACAGCUGCCUAAAACUGUCCCUGAAAAUAUUCCUAUAUGUGAACGCAAGGGUCUUACCAGUCUAAAAUCUCAUGAUGUUUCUGAUGAGGUAAAUACACCACAAGAUGUCACUGAAGAGACCCCUUCAGAAAAACUGAGCCAUAACCUCAGAAAGAAAGAGCAACCUAUGUUUGAUUUGGGAUUAGAUUACUCAAAAAAGUUUCCUGCUAAACCUAAAACAUCAUUUUCAGAUGAAUUAGUUGAGCAUGGCCCUAUUGAACAACCUACCCCUGAUGAUGUACCAAAACCAUUCAGUUUGGGUUUAGAUUACUCUCAAAAUAUUCCAAAGAAAUCAGAUAAACCAAAAGAAGUUCCAGAAAAUGAAAAGAUUGAAAAUCUCCAACCUAAAGACGAUAAACUUGGAUUUGGUCUUGAUUACUCUCGCAAGGCAAUGAAACCAAUCCUUAGAAAAAGUUCUUCUCAGAUUGAAAGAAUCCCAGCUGAUGAUGAAGAACCUUUGAAAUCACCUGAAGGACUCACAGAUCAAACUUCAGAGUCUGAUAUAAAACCUAUCAAUGAUGCAUCUCAAGAACAAAUGCCCAAAAAAUUGAAAAUUAGUAAAAGUAAUAUUCCACAGAAAAAGUUUGAGGUAGAGGAAGUACAUUUGAAGCCUAUCCCUAAGAAACCCAUCAUCUCAGAAGAAGAAAUCCUACCCCAAGUUGAUGAUCUAGAACUACCAUCACAUAAGCUUCCAGUUCUUCAAAAGCCCCUUGAUCACCCAGAACAUAUUGAAGAGGAACAUCCAAAACCAUCUGUGGGAGAUGAAUCGGAGUUCACACCUGAUGGAAUUCCUGUAUAUCGCCGUAAAAAGAGGCCCUCCAAAAUUGAAAAGCCCAAGGUAGAUGAUGAAACCCCUCAAGAACAGAAACCAGUGGAAAUUAUCGAAUGGCCUGAUAAAGCACCAAAGCUGAAAUCUCUACCAUUAGACGUAGAAGAGAUUAAAACUCAAAAAGUAAAACCAGGACCUACUCCUAUAGAACCCCAGUUUGCUACACUCAAAUUAAAAAAAGCAACAACACCCCGGAAAAAAGAUGUGGAAAGCAUGAUUGUCCCUAAAGUGCAGUUGAAAAGUAGAAUUACACAUCAUGAAUGGCCACCUAGUAUAAAUUUUUCAACGACUACCACCUUACCUGAAGUAUUUGUAGACAAUGGAAUUCUUUCUAGAAAUUAUGUGGAAGCUAUGACAAUAAAGCGUACCAAACAAAGAAAGUUCAAGCCUUCUGAUAUCAUUGAAACUCCAUUAGAAAAGUUUGAACCAUUUGCUAAACCCGAAAUUGAUGAAAAAUCUGAAAAACCUUCUCCUCAGAAACCUUUCAAGACAAAACCUGAAAAAACUGCUCCUGAAGGUGACCAGUCUCAACCUUUGAAAAUUGGAAAAGGCAAAAUACCAGAGGAAAAAGAUGAAAGGGAAAUUGUGAAAUUGAAAAGGAUACCAGAAAAACCUCAGAAGCCUGAAGAAGAAAUUCCAGAGAAAAAGAAGCCUUUAAAACCUACUUCUGAAAUACCAUCUAAACCUGCUGAUGAUUAUGAUUUGAAAUUGAAACCUAUAGGUCCUCUGGAUACAGGAGAAAUACCUGAUUUUCCCUCUAGAGAAGGGCCUAUUUCUGAGGAGAAAGACACUGAGACACCAAUCGAAAAGAAAAAAAGACCUAAAAAAGAAAAACCUACAAAACCAGAGGAAGUACCUGAGGAUAGGACAAUUGUACCUGGAAUUCCCAAACCACAACCUAAAGAUCAAGAUCAAGAUAUCACACUGAAGAAGAAACAAGGUCCAAAGCCUGAAGAACUGCCAGAAAUAAUUUCUUUGAAACCCAUACCAAAGAAAAAGCCGGAGGAUGAGGAAAAAUCAAAGGAACCCUCUAUGGUGAAACCAAAACCAUUUGAUAUUGAGCGCCCAGAAGAAGAUCUUAAGCCCAAGAAAUUUAAAGAUGCUCCUGAAAAGAGGAAGAAAAUUUAUAAAAAGCAAUCAGAGGAUAAGAUUCCUGCAAAUUUGGAGGAAAGUACUGAGAAACCUGAAGAGGCGCCUUCCCAGGAGGGUAAUGUUCCUAUAGAAGAUAUUCCACAAAAAGCUGAUGGAAUAGUUCCAUCUAACAAAACUGAUGAUGUACCUGUGACUGAAGAAGACAUUUGUGAACCGCAAGUACCUGAUGCUGAUAAACCUGAUGAAAAAGUACCUGGUAUUGAUAAAGUACCAGGCAAAAGGAAAAUAAUUAAGAAAAUUAAGAAAACAAAACCAGAGGAAAAAGACUAUCCUGAAGAAGCACAAUCAACAACUGAACAACCUGAUGAGAAGUUGGGUGAAAAGCCAAAAGAAGAAAAACUGGAAUUGCUACCAGUGCCCCUUGAAAGAGGUGAAGUGAAACCAACAAAGUUGAAGGUAUCUGAGCCUGAAAAUGUUCCUUCAUUUGCUACAAUUAAGUUGAAAAAGGCACCUGCUAAGCCAAAACCAGAAGUAGAUACAACAACAGUGCCAAAAGUACUUCUCAAGAGUCGUAUUCAACAUUUUGAUUGGCCUCCAUCAAUGCAAACGCCUGUAAUUACCCAACUACCAGAAAUAUAUGUUGACAAUGGGAUUUUAUCACGAAAUUAUGUUGAAGCUAUGGCUGUUAAAAAAAUUAAACGACGUAAAUUCAAACCUACUGAGAAAAUAGAUGUUCCUCUUGAGAAAUUUGAACCAUUCCCACAACCUGAAAAACCUGAAGCUCCAGAAAAACAACCAGAUGAAAGACCAAAGCCUGAAAAACCAGUUAAAAAGAUUCCUGAAGAAGAACAUCCACAACCCUUGAAAAUUGGAAAAGGCAAAAUACCAGAGGAAAAAGAUGAAAGGGAAAUUGUAAAAUUGAAAAGGAUACCAGAAAAACCUCAGAAGCCUGAAGAAGAAAUUCCAGAGAAAAAGAAGCCUUUAAAACCUACUUCUGAAAUACCAUCUAAACCUGCUGAUGAUUAUGAUUUGAAAUUGAAACCUUUAGGUCCUCUGGAUACUGGAGAAAUACCUGAUUUUCCCUCUAGAGAAGGGCCUAUUUCUGAGGAGAAAGACACUGAGACACCCAUUGAAAAGAAAAAAAGACCUAAAAAAGAAAAACCUACAAAACCAGAUGAAGUACCUGAAGAUAGGACAAUUGUACCUGGAAUUCCCAAACCACAACCUGAAGAUCAAGAUCAAGAUAUCACACUGAAGAAGAAACAAGGUCCCAAGCCUGAGGAACAACCAGAAGGAAUAACUUUGAAACCUAUCCCCAAAAAGCAGCCCGAAGAAGAAGAAAAGGCUAAACAACCUUCAUUGGGGAAACCAAAACCACAAGAUAUAGAACGACCAGAAGAAGACCUAAAACCAAAACACUUCAAAGACAAGCCAGAAAAGAAAAGGAAACCCAAGCCAGUAAAACCAGAAGAGCAACCAGGCACACAGCCAGUCUCCACUGAAGACACAGCUCCUGAAGUCUCAGUUACAACUUUGUCUUUGCCAAGAAAAUUAUCAGAAACAAUAGAACUUCUCAAACCUGAAGAACUUGACAUUACAGAAGUUGAUGAUGUCACCAAACAUAAACUUAUAGUUGAAACAGUUUCUAAAAAACGUGAACAAAUUGAAAUAGAUUUGGAUAAGCCUCUAAGUGAUUUAGAAAUAAUUUCAAUGAAGAGAGUUACAAAGACUAUUGAGAAAACACCUAAUGAAGAAAUCACAGAAAAUGUUGAUAUGAGGCAAGAAGAAACAGUCCUAGAAUCCUCUACCAUUCGUGAAUAUAAAGCUCCUCGUUUUAUAAAACCCAUUCAACCAGUUAUUUGUGACUCGAUUCAACCAGCUUUAUUCACUUGUAAAGUGGUGGGAACUCCAAGGCCCAUGAUCACAUGGCUUUUCAAUGAUCAAGAAUUGGUAUCAAGUGAAAGUUACACAAUGACUGUUUUAGAUAAUGUAGCAACUUUAGAGAUCAAUUCUCCCAAACCUGAACAUGCUGGAAUUUAUUCUUGCAAAGCAACCAAUAUUGCUGGAACAGCAGUCUGCAGAUCCAACUUGCAAAUUUUAGAAAAAGAAGAAUCAGGAAUUGCUCCAGAAUUCACUGAACCUCUCAAACCACAAAUUGCUAAAGCUCAUGAAGUUACAAAAUUGAGAAGUGUAGUAAUUGGCAAACCAGUUCCAGUUGUGAAAUGGUAUCGUAAUAACGAAGAAAUCGUACCAGAUGAAAAUCACGAUUUAAUUUAUGACGAAACUACUGGUGAAUCAAUUCUUACAAUUAGUGAUACGAAUCCAUUAGAUGAGUGUGUCUAUACUGUCGAAGCUGUGAACACAUUUGGAAAGGCUAAAUGUAGAGCAAAUGUUGUUUUAAGCAAAGCCAUUACAUUUGAGAAACCAGUUACCUACGAGGCUCCCAAAAUCAUAAAACCGUUGGAAGCUUUGAUCGUUGAAAAAGGAACCAACGUUACCUUGGAAGUAGAAUUCACAGGGUUCCCAAAACCAAAGGUACAAUGGUAUAGAAAUGGUAAAGAGGUCACAAAUGUUGAGAUAAUCACAACUGAAACAAAAACUACUAUUGUGAUCGAAAAAAUUACCAAGAAGUCAAGUGGAAAGUAUGAAGUUAGAGUUUCCAAUGAAGGCGGAGAAGCGAAAACAUCAGCUUCUCUUCAAGUUGUUGAACAUAAAGAUAAAACAGAGGAUGUUCGUGCUCCACGAUUUAUUCAACCUAUUCGACCACAAACAGUACCUGAAGAAGAAGUUGUUAUUUUGGAGGCUAUUGUAGAGUCGUCGCCAAUUUGCUCAUUCCAAUGGUUCCACGACAACAUUCCAAUUAAGUCAAGCAUCGAAUCUCGUGUCACUACGGAAAAUAAUCAUUCCAUUUUAGUAAUUCCAAAAUUGAUGAAACCUGAAACUGGUAACUAUACCUGCAGAGCUGAAAACGUAUGCGGUUCUGUUACUUGCACAGCUUCUGUGUCAAUUCUCACUGAUUGGGAAAUUACUGAAGAUUUGACCUCUCCUCAUUUUAUUGUUAAACCACAAACUGCCAAAGUAAUGGAUGGACAACCUGUUACGUUUACGUGUAAAGUGACUGGAAAACCAACUCCACUCGUCACAUGGUAUCAUAAUAAUCAACCUGUUAAAGAGAGUAAAGACACAAUUGUUUAUCAAGAUUCCGAAGGUGUUUGUAAAUUAGCUAUCAACGAAGUUUUUCCUGAAGAUGAAGGGCAAUAUACAUGCGAGGCAGUAAAUGCUGUUGGAGAAGCUGUGUGCUCAACAUCACUGGUUGUAGAAGCUUACGAAUACGUACCUGAUUCAGAGAUUGCUUCAAUUACUGUACCAACUUCGAUAUUACUGGCUGCUCAGAGUGCUUCAGAAGAAGAUUUAUUAGAUCAACGUGAUUACCUUUCUGAAGUACCUGAGGAAGUAGAAACUGAUUUUGGCAGGGCUCCUCAGUUUGUCCAGCCUUUAGAGGAAGUAACUCCAGUUGAAGAAACCGAUGAAGUUGUAUUAACAGUGAAAGUUACUGGAAUACCGAAACCGGUUGUCAGGUGGUUUGUAAAUGAUAAACAAAUCGUUCCAACUUCUGAAACAAUCAUCCAAGAAGAUGAAGAAGUGGCUACUCUAAUUAUCAAAAAGAUGAAACCAGAAUAUGUCGGACCCAUCACUUGCGAAGCUCAUAAUGAAUUGGGUGUCAUAAGCACCAAUACUGUCCUAGAUUUCCCCGGUAUUUUGGGAACAAAAGAAUACAGGAAACCAGAAUGGGUUACACAAAUGGAAGAGACGAAAGCAAAACAACAAGCUACUCAAAAAGUACCAACAUUUGUGCAAACUUUGAAAGACGUUCGUGCUCUGGAAACUGAAGAAGUUAUUUUCGAAUGCAAGUUUACAGGAAAUCCCAAACCAGUUGUUAGUUGGUACCAUAAUGACAAAAUACUCACACCGAGCGAAAACAUAAAGAUUAAAAUAACGGAAGACAAGACUAUCCUUACAAUAAAAAGAACAACUCUCGAAGAUUCUGGUGUAUAUGUCUGUAAAGCUAUUAGUAAUAUUGGUGAAGAUGUUACAAAGGCUAAAUUAAGCGUCACCAAAGAUAAGAGAGACAUUUCUGAACACUCUCAGACUGAAGAAGAAGUUGAAGAAGAGAAGAAGGUGAAAAAAGUGACGGUCAUUAAGAAGAAAAAGAAGAAGAAGCUGAAGGAAACCAAAUCCAAAUCGGAAGAAGAAAUUCAGCCUGAAUUGGAAACGGUUAAACCAUUCGAAGAAGUGAAAGAAGAAGCCAAAGCCGACGUAAUUCUAUCACCUUUAGAACCAGUCCAAGUCUCUGGAGUAAUUUCGAGCAAACAAGUCGACGAAAAGGAUAUGGAAGCGGUACCAUUAGAUACAGCUGAUGUAGUAGUGUCACCAGAAGAACAUAUUUCCAUCUCUGAAACCAUUACUACCGAUUCUACCAAAGAAAUAAAACCAGACGAGGUUGUCAAAGAAUAUGUACGAGUCACUCACACUAAAAAACGAGCCACAGUCAUUUCACAAGUUGAAACUACUCCAUCCGUGGAACCUCUCGAAGAAAAGAAACCAGAAGAAGAAGUUGCCAAACCUAGUGAAGAAAAACCUAAAAAGAAAGUUAAAGUUACCAAACCUGUUGUCCAAACUAAAGAAGUUGAAGAUAUCUUGAAACCAUUACACGUUGAAGAAUUCGGUCCAGGUGAACAACCAAUGAAAGAACUAGCCACUGUUGGCGUUUUACUGCGUAAAGGCGUUUCUGUGGAAGAGGUUUGCACUUUGUAUGAUACAAACGAAUUCCCUGCUCUGAGAACUGCUCCUGCUCAAGCGGCCAUGGUUCAGUUGGUUGAGAGAGAGGGAUAUACAUCCCUUAUUUCCGAAGUUUUCAUCGAAGAAACCACUCUAGAUGAGACGCUCACCAAAGUUUUCCAGGCAUUUUUGCGUAUGAUCGAAUUGAGACAUUCGACUGUCGAAGAAAUUUUACCGUUGUUUGUUGCCGAAGAUUUUGUACCGGCGCCGUGGGAAACGGAGCAUGCAUCACAGGUCGUUACCGAAUAUCAUGACGGUAAAGUUGAAAUUACCCACACGUUCACUCAAGAAACGAAACAAGUGGAUAAACACAGUCGCAAAGUUAAGCAAGAGGAAAAAACUGUAGAAGAAACCCUCAAAGCGGAGGAAGAUGAAGUACAACAGACCACCAUCACAGAAGUCACUGAAGAAGAAGACAUUGAACGUAGGGAUACUACACAGGGCAUAAUUAGCCAGCCCAAAGAAGAAAAGAAACACCCAAAAGAGACAGAGGAAGAAGAAAUCAUUGUAAUUGAAGAAGGCAAAGGACCUAAGAAAACAAUCAAGAAGACUCGCAAACGAACUGAUACUGAGGAAAAGCAAGUUGUUAUAACUGAAGAGAAGAAGAAAAAAGAUGAUGAAAAAGAAGAGGAGGAAACUGUUGUCAUUGAAGAGGAAAAACAAAUUAAGAAAAAACCUAAGAAGAAAAAACAUACUGAAAUUGAAGAAGAGGUUAUAAUAACAGAGGAGACAGAGAAGAAGAAAAAUACUGAAGAAGAGGAUGAAGAAAUUAUAGAAGAACGUGAGACUCGUACUAAAAAGAAGAAAACUUUGAAAAUCAAGCAUGGAGUUAAGGAUGAAAUUGAGGAGGAUGAAAUUACAGAUUUUGUUACCCAACCAGAUACCCCAGUGAAAUGCAUUCCUUUACAAAUUCCAAAACAAGUUGGUGAAGUGGUAUCUGAAGCUAAAAUUACUCAUGUGCCUGAUAAUGAAGAUAUAUUUGGGCACAGCAUAGUCAAAAUUAUACCGCGUCAAGUUGCUACUAAAAUUAUUACACAAGGUGUUGAAAAAGAAGAAGAUUCAGCUCAGAAAGCCCCUACUUCCUUACAUGCAGAAGUAUCCAUUGAUUCUAAAGAACCUAUUUCAAUAAAUCAACCAGAUACCAAAGAAGAUCUAGGAAAGUUGAAACCAGUAGCAAAACCAGAAAGCAAAGAAGCUUCCACCACAUUAAUACCUAUUCAAGGUGUUUCAGUUAUUGAUGUACAAGCUUUACAUGAUAUCAAAGGGUUUGAUAGAAAUGCCACAGAAGGUGAUAAAGCUAAAUUUUCUGUAACAUUACUAGAAGCAAAAUCAAUAACAGAGAUUGAAACUGACCAGAAGGAAGGUAUUGUGCCUGAAAUGGCGCAACCAGUCAUGAAAACUGCUCAUGAAGAAUUCACCUUGAAAGAGAGUGUCACUAUUACUGAAGUAAAUGAAAGUUCAGUUGAGGAUGGAUUUACCACUACUAAAACUGCUGUAUCCCAGGUAACAGUUGAAGUUCCUACCAUUGAUUCAAUCGAGAUACAAGAAAUUUUCCCUGAAACAAAGCCUGAAAAAUAUUAUCCUGAAAUAAUAGUACCUACAGAAGUGGCUCAAAAAUCAGUUAUUCCUAUGGGUCAAACUGCUACAUCUAAUAUUCUACAACCCCAAGAGAAAGAGCAAUUGUUGACUGUAGAAAAACGCCCCUCUGAGCAGACUGUGAAUGUUAAUGUAACAUCAGGAGAAUCAUUGUUGGUAACUGAGAUGAAUGUAAAUGAAAAAGAAUUAGAUUUUUCUGCUCUAAGAAUACCAGAACAAGCUCAUGUGACAGAAAAUUACAUUACAAAUAAAAGUGUUGAAAUUAGUACUGUUGAAAGUGAACAAACUGAAGAAACAUUCAAGUUACCAGUCACUGAAGAAUCCAAAGCAGAAACAGAUAUCUUGUUGCAAGAAUCAGUGUCCACAUCUCUGGUUCAAACUGGAGAAACAGAAGAAAAUAUAGUUAUUGAACAACCUGACACAAGAAGCACAACAGAGAGUAUAACUUGCCUUGAAACAUCUACCAUUUUUGAAACUGUGCUCCAUGAUACUGAAAAGAUUUUACCAGCUGAUGAAAAACCUACACAAAUAUAUCCCUUAAGUAGCAUGUUGCCUACAGAACAUGUAGUAGUAUUGGAAACAAACUUGGGUGAAACACCUUUGGAUUUUUCUGAUGUUUUAAAAUAUCCCACUGAAGAUGCAUCAACCUCAUUUUCCACUGUGGAAGCUAAAGAAAUCUCUGAUACAAUAGUACAAGAAAGUGAGAAACCUCUGACCAUACUAGAACCUAUCAAAGCAGCUGCAAUGGAUGACACUAUUCCACAACAAGAGGUUACAGUUUUCCAAACUACUACAGCAGAAAAAGAAGACUUAUUAUGCUUACCUGAAAUGCCUGAAAAACACAGAGGCAAAAAGGCUCCCAAAACACCAGUUCAUUCUCUGGUUAUUGAAGAAAUAGCACCUGAAAUUACAGCAUCAGAUUUUGUGAAAUUUGAAGCUUCAACUACCCAUGCUAAAUUAGAACAAGAUACUUUGAAUGAAGUUGUUAUUGAACAAACCAUACAUUCUGAGGAUACAAUCACAUAUGAAACUACCAAACCAGAUACAAAAACAGCAGAUUUAACAGUAUUAGAAAAAGAAGGAAUUGAUGUAAUUGAAACUAUCAGUACUGACAAAGAGAAAGAAUACAUUCCUGGAAGCAAAAUGGAUGAAUUUCAUGCUGAAGAGUCAAUAACUACUCAAAAAGUUGUCAUAACCACUGAAGUAAAAACUGAUGAUGAUUUAAAAGCAUUUACUAGUGAGGUCCCUGAUUCUAAAAAAGCCAUUAUCAAUCAGGAAGUCCAACAAAGUGUUGAAGUUACUGAUAUUUUACCAUCUGAUAAAGAAAAAGAAUUACCUAAAGAUGUCAUUCCAGAAGAAAAAACUGCAUCCAUUGAUACAAAUGAAAAUGUUAGUGUGAGUAUCUUUGAAGUAACUACUACAGAUAAAGAAAUAGAAAUAGAAAAUGAAGUUACUCCUGAAGUUAGUGCACAUCCAUCAUUCAGUGGUCAAACAACUGCUAUAAAAAGUGAAACACUACUCAGUGAAAAUAUUUCAGACUUUGAUGUUGACAAGCCAAAGUCUAAAAAAGCACUUUUCAGCAGUGAUGUUUUAGAAGAAAUUGAAGUCACAGAAACCACCAUUUCUGAAUCUGAAAAAGAUUUAGCCAAAGAUAAAACUCCUAUAACAGAUAGAGCUGAAGUUGGUAUCAGAGAAGAAAAGGAAAUUACUGUAACUAUGGUUGUAUCUGAGGAUAAAGAAACAGAUUUGAAGUCAUUUGAACUACCUGAAGAUAAAAUUGCACAAUUUUCAAUCAGUGGUCAACAAAUUGCCCAAAAGGAAGAAAUUAUCACUGGUGUUGAACUAGAUGAUUUCAAGCAAGAAAAAAUAGAUCACGACCAGGCAUUAGUAAAGCAUGAUCUCAAUCCCUCUUUAAUAUCUACUGAAUCAUUUGUAACAGAAUCUGAAAGUUAUUUCUCUGAUAAACCAACUCCUGAAACUAAAACUGCUGAUCUUGAUAUUGAAAAAUCAGUAACAUUGAAUGUCACUCAAAUUAGUAUUAUUGAACAGGAGAUCCCUGCAAACAUUAUUACUCCAGACUUGAAAAUAGCCUUACCUAAUGUCAUGCCUAAUGAAUCUACAAUAGUAUCUGAAAUUACUAGCACAAUUAGUACUGGUAAUGUAGCACCUUUGGAGAUAAUUUCCGCUAAAGCCAUUCCAGAUAAUGUGCCAUUUGAAAGUACAAUCUCUAAUGAGAUUGUCCCUGGAGAAAAAGAAUCUGUAUUUGUUGAAGGACAAGUCCCUGAUAGUAAGACUGCUGAAAGUGAAGUAAUAGAAGAACAAAGUAUCACUGUUUCAGUCAGCAUUACUAAUGAUAAUAUUGAUGAUCUUCCUAGUCCUGAUGAGGUUCCUAAGAAGGUUGCCAAGUUUGAUAUUUCUGGACAUGAAGUAGCUGAAAGUACCAUUGUGAUACCUGAUAAUAUCACCAAAGAUUUUGAUAUUUCUGCACCUACUGAAGAUAUUGCUGGAGUUUCUCAUACCCUAUAUCAACCUUCAACUCACACUGAAAUUCAAACUUGUGAAAAUGAGGGUAGUUACUCAGCUGAAAAGCUAAUAUCAAAGCAUGCUGAACUUAAUGUAUCUGAGAAAACUUCAGUUACUGUGAUUGAAACCAUUGCAGAAGAUAAAGAAGGUGAUGUAAAGAUCUCUGAAAUACCUGAAAAUAAACAUGCUGGUGUGGACAUUAGUGGCAGUAUGGUCCCUCUUUCUUCUGAAAUAGUACCUGAAUCUGUUGUGGGUAGUUUCUCAAAAACUGAAGUUUUGCCCACAAGUGCUGAACUAACCCAACUGGAAUAUCAAGCUACCAUAACAUCUUUUGUUACUACUUCUGAAAAAGAAAAUAAACGCGAUGAUACAUUUUCUAAACAGGAAGAAAAGGCUCAGCCAGGUGUUGAAGAAGAGCAAAGUAUUUCUAUUUUUGAUGUUGUUGUACAAGAAAAAGAAAAGGAUUUUCUUGCAACUGAAAAACCAGAGUCUAAAAAUGCUUUACUAGAGGUAACUGGUCACUUAAUAUCUGAAACUAGAGAAACUAUUGUGAGCAAUGAAGUUGGUAAAUUACCAGAAUUUGAGAAAACAUCAGGAUUAGCUCAUACAACACAUAUUCCAAUUGAAGCAGUCACCCAGUCAGAAGUAACUCCUCAAGAAGCAGAGAGUUCUUUAGUGUCUCAAGUUCCUAAUGAUGCCUCAGCUUCUUCAACAUUUUUACCUGAAGAAAGUGUUGAAGUUACCCUCAUUACAACAGUGGAUAAAGAAACUGAACUCCCAACUGAAGUUGCACCAGAGGGUAAAACAGUAUUAUCAAAGGUAACUCCUGGAUUAGAUGUAUUAGAAACUAGAGAAAUUACAAUUCAAGAAAGCACUGGUAUCAUUGAAGAAGAGGCACAAACAGCGUUGGCUAAAAGGUACCAAAUACCUUUGCAUACAUUCAGUGUCAAAGAAACACUACCAGGUGAAGUGGAAGAAAGCCUUCCUAGAUUCAUUACUCCUGAUAACAAAAAUGCUAGUGUGAAUUUUGAACAAGGUAAAAGAAGCUUGAUCAUGACUGAAGUUAUUGCUGAAGAUACAGAAACUAAAUCUGAAGACUUUAAACAUGAUUUAUCCAAAGCAGAGUCCAUAAUUACUCUUACAGAAGCUACUAGUACAACUGAAGUUAUAGUUGCUAACAAUACUGAUAGAUUUAUGGAACAACCAUUAGAACUUGCUCAAGCUACUGCAGAUCAACUUUCAUUAACAAGCAUUUGCUUGGAAGAAACUAUUCCUUCUGAGAAAGAAAGUAAAUUUGAAGCCAAGCCUAUUCCUAAGAGUAGUGAUAUUGAUGUAGCAUUUGAAGAAGAAAAAAGUAUAUCUAUCACAGAAACAGUUGUGACUGAAAUGGAAUCUGAUUUCACUGAUAAGUUUGUAAUUGAUAGGAAAACUGCAAAACCAGAAGUAGCUGGUCAUAUUGUUGCUGAAAAAGAAGAAGUAGUUCCACAACAAACUACAUCAGAUGUCAAACCUUCAAAGAGUGAUAGUGGUAAAGCUAAAAUUGAACAAAUACCUCAUGAAGCCAUUCAAACAUCUUCAAUAACAGCAGGGGAAAAAGAAAAACAUGUUGAGCAAAUCUCUCCUAGUACAAGCAGUGCUGAACAAACAUUUAUUGAGGAACAUAGUGUCAAUGUUGUUCAGAUAUCAACAGUUGAAAAGGAAGGAGACUUUGAUGCGUUGGUUUUACCUGCGGAAAAAUCUGCACUUCCAAACAUUGAAAACAUUGGUAAAGAAGUUGUAGAGCAUAAUCUAGUUGUUAUAGAGGAAGGAAUGGGCUCUGUGGAUGAUUUUCUUUCUCAAACUAUAACUGCCAAGUCUGCAAAUAUUCCGUUGGAAUCAAUUACUGGGUCUGAAAUUAUUGCAAAUGAAGCUGAAAAACCAUUGAAAGAUACUAAAGUAGAUACUUCAUCAGCUUCUAUUACUUGUACUGAAAUGACUAGUGUCACUGUUUCUGAAACUACUACGGAAGACAAGGAGGUGGAAUUUAGCUCUUCUCAUGUUCCUGAUAAAAUGGCUUUCAAAAAUAUUUCCCCUGGUCAUGAUAUUUCUGUGGCUAGUGAAGUCAUUCCUUCAGAUUCUGUGGGAGAAGUUAUUGAAAGUUUACCCACUACAGCAUCAGCUCAACCCAUACAAAGUCUUCUAAGUAGUCUGGAUGUUGCUGAAAUAAAACCUGGUGAGAUGGAAAGUACUUUGAUAUCUAACAAUGUUCCUGAUGAGAAGAGAGCUGAUAUAGAUUAUGAGCAAAGCACUACUGUAGCUGUAUCUGAGACUUUUGUACAAGAUACUGAAACUGAGUAUUCUAGUAUAAAGCCCAUCCAAGCUACUGCAGAGCUUGAUAUAAUUCCAAAACAACCUAUUGGUAUGAGUGAAGUUAUAGCUCAGAUUUCAACUCAAUCUUUGACUCCAGAUAAACCAACAGUAGCUCUAGCAUCUGCAGAAAACAUUCCUUGUCAAAGUUUACAAACAACUGAAACAACUGUAGCAGAAACUGAAAAGCAAAUGAAAGAAGACAUUUUUUCAGGCUCUAAAGCUCUUGUAGAAUUUGAAGAAGAUAAAAGUAUUUCAAUAACUGAAAUAAUACCCACAGAAGCAGAAGGGCCAUUCAAAAAACAACCAACACCAUCCACUAAACAAGCUGAACUCUUUAUUAGUGGUCAAGUUACAGCCUCAACAAAAGAAGUAAUUACUGAUGAAAGUAUAAAGCCAUUCACAAUUGAAAGUACUUCAGAAGAAAAAGCAGCUACUCAACCAGUUCCUCACGAUACUACUAUUCAUUCAAUGGUCACACCAAUAGAGAAAGAAUCUACAUUUAUAACUGAAAUAACUCCUAGCAAUGUUGCUCAUGCAGCUACUGAUGAGCAACAUAGUAUUAGCAUAACAGAUGUAUCUUCUGUGGAAUCUGAAUGUAAUCUUGAAAUCAUCAAAACAACUGAUAAAUUUGCUUCUCCUGCUGUUAUACCUCAGCAAGUUCCUGAAACAGAAGAAAUUGUGUGUAAUAUUGAAACUGGUGAUGUACCCAAAUUUAGUAUCAUCCCCACAAAUGCUAAUGAAACACAAUCACUUUUUGAAAGUAUUGCUCAAACACAAUCAAAUAUUUGUGAAGCUGAGGAUGAAUUUAAUGUCACUCAAACUAACACCACAUCUGCAAUGAUGAAUUAUCUAGAGCAAACUGGUGUUUCAGUAUCUGAAGUUACUGCAAUAGACUCAGAAAGCAAAUUAAAAACUGUUGAAAGAACUAAAACAGAAAGUGCUACAACUGAAUUCUCAGUUUCUGAAGUACCAAGCCAGUCUGAAGUAAUACCUAGUGACACACUUUCUAACUUGAAGGAAGAUGCUCUACCAAUGACUAGUAUACAGCCAACACCUCUUGCUUUGUCUUCUUUGUUGACAAGUAUCGCCGAUACAGUUGAAAAAGAAGGUAGUGCUCCAGAUUUCUUGUUACCAAGCACCAAGACAGCUUCAUCUGAUUUUGAGCAGAGUAGUCAUGAAAUUACAGUUGAAGAGGUGACUCUUCAAGACACUGAGGGUAAAUUUAUUGAAACAGAGACUACAACUGCCACUUCAACACUGAAAGUAAUUCCUAUGGAAUGUUAUGUUACUUCUGAAGUCACUUCAAACACAAGUAUUGGUGAAUGUGCCAAACAAAUUCCAACUGAAAGUAAAAUUCAACCAAGUCAUAUCCCUACAUUUAUUCCUGUUCAGGCAGAAGAUGUCAUCAUGGAGCAAGAAGAACAAUUCAUUAAAACUAAAACUACACAGCAAAAUGUUAUAGUAAAUUUGGAAGAAGAUACGAGUAUAGAGGUAUGUGAAGUAGUUCCUUCUGAAAUGCCUGAGACAUUGAAUGUCACAUUCACACCUCAGACUAGAGAAGCUGAUCAUGAUAUUAAUUCUACUCAAGGCGUUGCUGAACAGAAAGAAAUUACCAUUCUAAGUCACACUCAACAUUUACCUACUGAGAAAACACCUACUGUUGUUGCUGAAUCAAAACAAGAUCUACUUCAAGAAUGUGUUAUAUCUGAAAUAUGUUCCCAUGAAAAAGAGUCACCAUUUGAAAAGAAUCCUAAAGAAACUAAAAAUGUUAAUAUUUUGUUGGAUUCCACUGAGCAUGGACUUACUGUGACUGAGGUACAGACUGUGGAAAAAGAAAGUGCUUUGAUUGAUAAGCCUAAAGUAUUGAGUAGUACCGCUGAAACUACCUUUACUAGUUCAGAAGCUCUACAAACCUCUGAAGUUGUUUCUGAUAUGAAAACUGAAGAUUUAUCUGAGUUCAAAUCAACUGAGAGCACUGCAUCUAAAUCUCAAAUACCUCACGAAACCUUCAUUAUCACAGAAACAACUACUGAUGAAACUGAAGGUAAUUUUAGUCCUGAAGAAAUGAAACAAUCCCAAGCUUCUCAAACAAUCCCUGAACAACAAAGUAUUUCUGUUUCUGUGCCUUGGUCAGGGGAUAAAGAAAGCAUAUUACCUAAGCCAUUCAAACCUAAGGAAAUGGCUGCUAGUCCUGAUUUUACUAGUUUAGAAAUUGCUCAAAAAUCUGAAUACAUCCCUGAAGACAAUACUGAUACAUUUGAGAGUAAACUAGUUGAAAAAGUUUCUGCUAAAGUAGAUCAGUCAACUUUAGAUAGCUUGACUGAAGAAGUAACCAUUGUUCAUGAAAAAGAAAGUCAAUAUAAGGAAACAAAGAAGACUAAAACUGUUAGUGCUGAAGUUGAAGUUAUAACAGAAGAUAGUGUGCAUAUCACUCAGGUUCAAAUUGGUGAAAAAGAAAGUAUAUACACACCUAAUCAAAUUACUUCUACCAAAACUGCAGGUCAAAGUAUAGAUGAUUUUAUAGCCUUUACUCAGUCUGAAGUAACUGUUCAUUCAACAGCUGAGGAAAUUAUCACCAAAUUACCAGAUACUACCACUGCUAUUCCAUCUGAGGAGGUGACACAUGGUGUAUUGAUAACUGAAAUGUUACCUCAAGAGAAAGAAAAUGAAUUUGUUGGUCAAUUUAAACCAUCAACCUCAACUGCAGAUGUGGAAGUAGCUGCAAAUAAAUGUGCUACAAUUAUACAAGAGGUAACAACUCAGAUGAAAGAAGAUGAUUUAGAUAUUAAAACUCUUUCAGAGAUAAAAGAAGCUAGGCCUAGCAUAACUGAGGGUAAAGAAAUAGCUGAAACUUCUGACAUAAUCCCAGAAAUAAGUCUGGAAGAAUUUGAAAAAUUCAAAACACAUUCAUUUACAGCCAAAAGCACCCGAGACACUCUUGAAGCAGUACAAUUGAGUGAAACUUUACCUCAAGAUAAAGAACAAAUUUUGACCUCAGGUGGUACUAAAAGUGAAACAGCUAAAGUUCAAAUUGAUAAUGUUGUAAGUGUUGAUAUCACUGAAAUUUCCCCUGCUGAGACUGAAGGUGCUUAUGAAGCUACAAAACAACCUGAAACUCAGUCUGCCAAACCUAAUGUUGUUACCAGAGAUGUUGCUGAAACUAGUGAGGUGCUUCUAGAAAGUAAUGUGUCUAAGUUGCAGAUCAGUAAACCAACUGAUGAUCAAGCUGAACUAAAACCAGUAGCAUUUGAAUCUUUGCAGCAAAGUGUACCUGAAGUUCAAGAAAGUGAAAAGGAGUUCAUUGGCAAGUUCCAACCAGAUAAAAUGAAAGCUAGUUUUACCAUUAAAGAGGAUAGAAGCAUAACUGUAUCUGAAAUUGUAACUGAAGAUAAAGAAGAUGUUUUGCCCUCUUUUAAAGCUUCUACAGUUCAAACCACUCCUCAAGAAGAUACAUCUGUUCUAGAAGGUCUUGAAAUCUCAGAAGUUGUGACUGGUUCUAGUAUAACUGAUAUUAAAUCUUCUAAAAGCAAUACCCAGACUGCCAAAGUUGAACAAGGGACUUUUGUUAGCAUUAUUGAAUCGGAAACACAAGUGCAAGAUACUGAAGCAGAAUUCAAAGUUCAACCAACUUCAAAGGUUGGAGCUGAAAUUAAAGUUGAAGAAAAGCAAAGUGUGAUAAUAACUGAAGUAUCAACUGAUGAUAAAGAACAAGAACUAGCUACUCAGAAAGAAUCUAAAUCAACAACAGCUACCACUAAAAUUUUGAGCCAAGAGUCUGUGGAAGUUUCUGAUAUUUCCCCAACAACUGAUAUAAUUCCAUUCAAGGGGCCAUUACCUGAUCUCACCCAAGCUUUACUAUCUAUUAAACCUGUAGAUAGUUUGGUUGUUACUGAGAAUAUAAUCCAGCAACAGAGUACAACUUUUGAUGAAGAUUUCAAACCAACUACCUCCAAAUCUUCCAUCACUGUUGAAGAAUUUAAAAGCAUUCAUACUUCUACAACGCUUGUAUGUGAUAAAGAAGAAUCUUUGCCUCAAAUUAGGCAGGCCCCAGAUGCUUCAUCUCAGAUUAAUGUGGAGGGAAGAGAAAUUGCUGAAACAACUGAAGUUAUUACCAGUGAUGAAUUAAAACCUAGGGAAGUAGUACAGCCAGUUUCAGAUCAAGCCACUUCACACCAUAUUCCAUUGCAAAAUGUUUUAAAAACCAUUGUGCAUUCUCAAGAUAAGGAAGGCAAUUUACCUGAGAGUACUGCAAAAUCUUUCAUUGCUAGUUUUCAGCAAGAUACAUUAAAUAGUAUUGUUCAAACUGAGCUGCAAAUUCAAGAUUCAGAAAAUAAGUUUCAAUCUCCUGAAAACCCAACCAAUAUGAAAGCUAAUGUGAAUUUAGAGGGUGUUCAGCCAGUAGAGAUAACUGAAGUAACAUCUCAAGAAUCUGAACAAGAAUUAAGUAUUACUAGUGAAACUGGAAGGACUGCCCAGCCAGGAAUACUUAGUAGGGAAUCAGCACUUGUGUUUGAUGUUGAAACUCAGGAGAAUGCUGUGCCUUUUGAGGGUAAAUCAUUGCCAACCACUUCAGCAGUUCGAACUUGCGACACAUUUUCUAGUUUAAUUCAGUCUGAAUCCACAGUUCAAGAUUCAGAAAGGAAAUUCCAGCCUCAUCCAACUACAACUGUUUCAGCAGAUGUGAAUUUGGAAGAAACUUCAUCAGUGGUGGUUACUGAGACACUUGUUGAAGAGAGAGAAAAGGAGAUUCAUCCUGAAGAUGUGAAGAGGAAGAAAGCUCAACCAACUGUGAUAAGCCAAGAAUCGGUUGAAGUGACUAAUAUAAAACCAAGUGAGGGUAUUGUGCCUUUUGAAGAUAAACAACCCAGUAAAUCUUCAGUGUUGAUUUCUCAAGAACCAUUUAGUGAGUUGACACAAUCUACAACAGAAACACAGGAAUCUGAACAAAAACUGGAGGUUGCUAAAUCAGCUCUCAGGGCUUCUGCAGAUGUGAGUGUAGAGGAAACUAGAUCUGUGCUCAUAACAGAAACAAAAACGGAAGAAAAAGAAAAGGAAAUCAACAAACCAGAAAUGGAUAAAAAGAAAGCACAGCCUAGUGUAAUUAGCCAAGAAUCUGUUGAGGUGUUUGAAAUAAAACCUAAUGAGGGCAUUGUACCUUUUGAAGGCAAGACACCUUCAACUACUAUUGCUUCAACUUCCCAGGAGACUUUCUCCAGCAUAAUUCAAUCAGAAUUACAAAUUCAUGAUGCCGAGGAUAAGUUUGAAAAAUUGAAACCCACUCCUACUGUUGAAGCAGACAUCAAUGUUCAGAAAGCUCAUUCUGUAAUGAUAACUGAAAUUAUAAGUGAAGAAAAAGAAAAUCAGCUUAAACUGGCAGAUAUAGAUAAGAAAACUGCACAACCUGAUAUACUUGAUCAAGAAUCUGUGGAAGUGUUGGAUAUGAAACCUCAUGAAAGUACCACACCCUUUGAAGGUAAAACACCUUGUGUAAUAAAAGCAGAGAAAUCUCAAGGUACUUUUUCAAGUAUAAUUCAGUCAGAUGUGCAAGUUCAGGAUUCUGAGACCAAAUUUGAAGUGGCUAAGCCAACAACUUCAAUGGAAGCGGAGGUAAAUAUUGAAGAGACAAAAUCAGUUACUGUUACUCAAACUUUAACUGUAGAGAAAGAAGAACAUAUUGAGCCAGAAAAAGUGGAAAAGAAGAAAGCACAACCAAAUGUCAUUGACCAAGAAUCAUUGGAGGUAUUGGACAUUAAGCCACAAGAAGGUUUAACACCGUUAAUUGAUAAAGUGCCAGAUGUAAAUGAGGCUUUGGCUGUUCAGGAGCCAUUUACUGGUUUAAUUCAAUCAGUGUUGCAAGUACAUGAUUCUGAAAACAAAUUUGAGCAAAGUAAACAGAAGUCUACAGAAUCUGCUAAUGUUAGAGUUGAAGAAAUGCAAACUAUUAUUGUUGCUGAAGUUUCAACAGAAGAAAAAGAAAAGAAUAUCAAGCCUGAUGAUGUUAAAAAAGAACAGAUUAAACUAAGUGUGUUAAAUCAAGAACCAAUUGAAGUUACAGAUGUGAAAAUCCAAGAAGGCUUAGUUCCUUUUGAAGAGGAAACGCCAGAUACUUCUAUUGUUUCAGAAACACAGCAACCUUUUGAAGGUUUUACACAAUCUGAACUUAUCAUUCAUGAUACAGUUGAUAAACUGAAGAAACUAGAGGUGUCCAGUUCAUCUGCUGACGUUAUUAUUGAAGAAGCUCGUUCAGUGUCAAUUACUGAAACACUACCUGAAGAAAAAGAGAAGAAAUUGAAGCCCAAUGAGUUUGAUGAAAAGAGAGCUAAACCUGAUGUUAUUAGCCAGAAAUCAGUAGAAGUGUUGGAUGUUGAAAGUCAUGAAGGAUUAUUGCCUUUUAAAGAUGAGACAGUGGGGAAAACUGCAACUGUGUUACAAGAAACAUUCUCUGAAUUAAUACAGUCUGAAUUGCAAGUACAACAGGCUGAAGAUACCCUUGAAAAGCAAAAAGAUCUUCUUACUGCUUCUGCUGAUGUUAUAGUAGAAAAAACUAGAUCAGUGGUUGUAAGUGAAACAUUACCUGAAGAAAAAGAAAGAAUCAUGAAGUCUGAUGAUAUCAAGAAAAAGAAGGCACAGCCAAAAGUAAUUAGCCAGCAAUCAGUAGAAGUGACUCAGGUUAAAUCCUCUGAAAAUGUUGCUCCAUUUGUUGAAAAAACACCAGAACUCACAAUUGCUUCCACAACACAAGAUAUGGUAUCAGGAUUGAUGCAGUCUGAGUUACAUAUUCAAGAUUCAGAAGAACAGUUUGGAGAAGCUCCUUUGAGCACUGAAUCAGCAGAAAUUAAUGUUGAAAAGAGUUAUUCAGUCAUUGUAACUGAAACAGUUCUUGAAGAGAAGGAAAAGAAAAGAAAAGACAAGCAGAUUGACCAUAAAAAAGCAAAACCCAAUGUCAUUAGUCAGGAAUCUGUUGAAGUGUUUGAUAUUAAAACACAUGAUGGAACUAAGCCUUUAGCAGAAGAAAAACCUGAAAAAAUCACAGCUGGAAGCUCUCAAGAACCAUUGACUGGCUUAAUACAAAUAGAAACUCAAGUGCAAGACAUUGAAGGUAAAUUUGAGCAAUCAAAACCAACAUCAGUAGCAGCUAAUGUUAAUAUUCAGGAACAACAACCUGUUGUAGUAACUGAAGUUAUUCAUGAAGAGAAAGAAGAUAAGUUCAAUGUCAAACCAAAAAUAAUAACAAAAGCAUCACGUCAGAUAAUUAGUCAAGAAUCAGUAGAAGUAAUGGACAUCACUUCUGAGCAAGAUGUAGCUCCCAUCACUGAUAUUCAUCAACCAACUCAAACUGCUACCUCAACUAUGAGACCUAUUGAAGGAUUAAUAGUUUCUGAGGAAAUUGUCCAACAUACUAAUGAAAAUUUUGAUUCCAAACCUGAAUCCCUAGUUCAACCAUCUGUCAACUUUGAAGAAAUUGAGAGUGUUGCUGUAUCAGAAAUUUCACCUGAUCAUAAAGAGAUUGAGUUUUCACCUUCUCAACCUCAACAAGAAACUUCUUCAAGACCUGAAUUAGAAACAUUAGAUAUUGCUCAAAGUACUGAAGUAGUCACCAUUGAUACCAUAAAAGUAUCUGAAAUUGAACCAGUAUUGGAUGAUACUGCAUCUGUCCAUCUUAUUCCCCAUCAAAGCACUGUUGGAUCAGUCACUGUUGUAGAAGACAAAGAAGAUGUUUUGAAACAGAAAAAAACUCCUGAAGUUAAAAAUGCCGACUUGAUUCUAGAAAAUGCUAGAAAAGGAGCUCAAGUUACUGUGACACAGACCCAAGACAAAGAAAAUGUAUUUGAGCAGAAGCCUAGUAUUUCAGCUUCAGCAUCUUUGAAUAUUGAUAGUCAAGAAACUACUACAGUUACAGAAGUUGUACCAAGUUUAUCAACCACUGAAUUGAAAGAUUCAGUAAAACCUAAAAAAUUACAAGGGAAAAAGCAACAAGAUUCGUUCGAUCAUCUUGAAACAACUGAAACAAUAGUACAUGAAAGUGAAGCAGAAUUAAAAAGUGAGAAGAAAAAACCAGAAGAUGCUAAACCCAAAUUUGAUGAACUAAAAGGAAUAACUGUAUCUGAAAUAUCACCCGAAGAUAAAGAAGAUUCUUUCAAAGUUACUAAAGAAGAUGAGAAUGUGGCUGAAUUUAGUUUUAUCAAGCAUAAAGCUGUAGUUAACAGUGAAAUUUUAAGCGAUGUAACAGCUGAUGAAUUCAUAGCAGAUUUAAAACCAUCCAAAACUAUAAAACCUCAAAAAACUGAACAGCAUGGUCAUGUCAUUAUCACUGAAGAUACUCCCCUGGACUCGGAAUCAAUUAUUGAAGAUACUUCAGAGCAAACAUCUGCUACCAUUCAAAUUGAAAUUGGUGAUGAUGUCACUGAAACAGUCACACGAAAAAAGAGUGUUAAAACUAAAAAGAAAACUACCACCACAGAAGAAGAAAAACCUACUGAAUCAGCUGUAGAAAUUACAGAAAUUGAAGACAUACCUGAUACAGAGGAAAUAACAAUAAGAAGAAAAAGUAGUACAGUUCCAAUUGUUGAAGAAGCCCCAUCUGAAACUACAGUUCAUAUCAUAAAAGAAAAACCAGAAGAAAUUACAGUGACAGAACAGACAUUCACUACUGAAGGACCUGAUUCAAAAAUAGUGACUAAAAAAGUGGUUAAAAAAGUAAAACGAACAGAAAUUUAUGAAGAUGAAACCCGUCCAGUUGAAAUAACAGAGUUACCAGAUGAAGAGCAACCUCAAGUAGCAGAAGUAGUACCCAAACAACCUAAGAAGAAAGUGGUUAAAACUAGGAAAGGAAGUACUGAAAAGAUCAAGGAAGGUGAUCAGCCUAAGCAAGCUGUAGUUAGAAGAAAAAGUUCCACCAAAGUUAUUGAAGAUCUUCCAAGUGAGACUACUGUUGAAGAAGAAACCACUACUAUGGAAGGCCCUGAUUCAACUACCAUAACAAAGAAAGUUGUAAAACAAACCAAAAAAACACUAACUAUUAGUGAAGAAGGAAGUCCUGUUGAAAUCACUGAAAUUAUUGAACAACCUCAGGAGGAGGAAAUGCCCAAAAAACCAAAACAAAAGAUAGUGACUAAAAUUGUUGAAGAUCAGCCUGGUGAGACUACUGUAGAAACUAUUACCACUGAAGGUCCAGAUUCAACUACAAUCACAAAAAAAGUUGUGAAACAUACUAAAAAAACUAAAAUUAUAACUGAAGAAGGAAGUCCCAUUGAAAUCAUAGAAAUUACUGAACAACCUAGAGAAGAAGAAAUACCUGAAAAGCCAGAAGAAAAGACUGUUAUCAAAGUUGCUGAAGAUAAGCCAGGUGAGACUACUGUUGAAGAAACUACUACUUCUGAAGGUCCAGACUCAACCACUAUUAUAAAGAAAAUUGUGAAACGUACUAAAAAAACACAAAUCCUUACUGAAGAAGGCAAACCUGUUGAAAUUACAGAAAUUGUUGAACAACCUACAGAAGAAAAAAUCACUGAAAAACCAGAACAUGUGAUUGUAACCAAUGUGGUUGAGGAACAGCCUGGUGAAACUAUAGUUCAAGAAGAAACCACCACAAUAGAAGGUCCAGAUUCAACAACAGUUUCAAAAAAAGUUGUGAAACAUACUAAAAAAACUCAAAUCAUUACUGAAGAAGGAAGUCCUAGUGAAAUCACAGAUAUUAAUAAACAACCUAGAGAAGAAGAAAUACCUGAAAACCCGCAACAGAAGGUUGUAAUGAAAGUUGUUGAAGAAAAACCUGAUGAGACUACUGUUGAAGAAGUGACUUCCACCACAGAAGGUCCUGACUCAACUAUAGUUACAAAGAAAACUGUAAAACAUACCAAAACAACUCAAAUAGUUACUGAAGAAGGAAGCCCAGUAGAAAUCACAGAAAUCAUAGAAGAGCCCAAAGAAGAAGAAAUCUUUGAAACUCCAGAGCUGAAAACUGUUAUUAAGAAGAAAGUAAUUAAAACAAGGAAAGGUAGCCUUAAGAAAACUUUGAAACCCACAGAAGGAAAAGAAGAAAUUCCUGAAGAAGUAGUUACUGAAAUGUUUGAAAGAAAAGGAAGUACACCACAAGUGACUGAAACAGUGGUGGAAGGGCCUAAUGAGCAAACUUCUGUUCAUGAAGAGAUAAUUAAAGAGGAAGGUCCUGAUUCAACCACUGUAACAAAGAAAAUAAUCAAAAAAACAAAAAAAUCACAGAUAAUGACUGAAGAAAAUGUGCCUGAAAGCACAAUUGUGGAAAUUACAGAAAUCCCACAAACAGAGAACAGCAUUGUAGAAGGGAAACCAGAGGAACAACCUAAUGAAGAAAAAACUGUUGAGACAAGGAAAAAAGUUAUCAGAACUAGAAAAGGCAGUAUCAAGCCAUCUGAACAGGUAUUGGAAGUAGCUCCAGAAAUAAUUCAACCAGAAGAGGUACAACCAACAGAAGAAAAAAGUUUGGAUCAACCUGAAUCAACAAGCCCAUCUGAAAGUGCUCAGAUUACUGCUAUUAAAAAGAAAAUCAAAAAGAAAACUGGUGUGGUUGCUGAGGAAAUUGACAUUACUGAAGUUCCUAAAGAAUCUAUAACACUACUUAAAUCUGCUGAAGAGAAAAUUCAGCCAGAGGUUAGCGAGAUUAUUAAAAUUACACCUACAGAUAGUAUUGUCCCUGAAGAAGCAUCUGAAAAUAUUGAUGAAAUUAAAAAAGAAAUUGCAGAGGAGAAAAAAGUUGUAACUAGGAAUGAAGAAAGUAAAUCAAGUGAAGAACAGCCACUGGAUGAAACCAUAGAUAAAGAAAAACCAAACAUUCCUGAAAAACCUUUACAAAAACCUAGUAUUCUAGAAAAAUUAGAACAGUUAGAUGUGAAAGAUCAGCCUGAAGAAAGAGCUGAUAAACCAGAUGAAAAGGAAAUUCAGCCUAUAGAGAAUGUGAAAAAACCAAAAUCCAAAUCUGAAGAAAAACCUAAGAAAAUAGAUGAAACUCCCAUUGAAGAUAAACCUGAAACUAAACAAAUAACGACAGAAGAAAAACCAGAGGUUUUAGAGGAAGAAAUAGCAACACUUCCAAAACCAGAAUCAGAAGUACUUGAAACUUCAGAGAAGCCUAAAAAGAAAAAGAUCAUCAAAAUUGUCAAAAAGAGGAAAGAUUCCCAUAAAGAUAGUAUAAAGGAAGGUGAUAAAACUGAGGAAGUUGAAAAACCAGAAGAUGUUGAAAAACCUAAAGAAGCUCUCAAGGAAACUGUUGUGGAGGAAAACCCAGUUGAAACAAAGGAUAAGGAAGACGUUUUUCCCACUUUGGAAGACAAAGCUCCUGAGAAACCAGAUGAACAGACCCUAGUACCACAAAAACUUGUUCCACAAAAAAUUGAAAGAAAAGAAGUCAAGCCAGCCAAAUUAGCUGUAGAAGAAGUAAAAGAUGAAACUCCUCAAUUUGCAGCAAUGAAACUGAAAAGGACCUCAAUCACCCCUAAGCCUGAAACUGCCAAAAAAGAACUUCCUAAAGUACUAUUGAAAAGCUUGAUUAAACGAAUACCAUACCCACCUGAAAUUAAUGAAUCAGUUGUAACAGUUAUCAAUGCAAAAGUCUUGAAAGGUGAAUUAUCUAGAAAUAUUAAAGAAGCAGAAAAGGUGAAAAAGAAAAAGUUGAAACUUAAACCUUUACCAGAUCUUGAAGUUACAGAACUGGAAGAAUAUACUCCUUUUGAAAGUGAGCAAGUGCCUGAGGAGGAUAUUAUUGAAGAGAUUCCUAGAAAACUUUCCAUUAAAGAAAAAAAUAUUGAGGAAAUCACACCUAAGCAAAUCCCAAUGGGUAAAGGUGUAAUUCCUGAAACCAUUGAAACUAAAGAAGAAGUUAUUUUAAAGCCAAUCCCAAAGCCAGAAAAGGUUGAAGAGAAAAUGGAAAACCCUCAACCUGAAGUUCAGUUCAAACCAGAAGAUAUUCCAACUUCUGAACUAAAACCUGAUGAUACCAUAAAAUUUGUCCCACCUCCUGAUACUGAAAGAGCCCCUAGUGAAGAAUCAGAUGAAAUUAAAGAACCAGAAGCUCCUUCAGAAGUUACUCCUCAACCUGAAACAAAGUUAGAAGAUGAGAGUUCAGCAGAAGAAAUUAUUAAAUUGAAACGAAAACCUAGUAAGGUGGAAGAAGACACACCAGAAGCUAUUCUUAUGAAACCAGUUGGCAAAAAGCUGGAGUCUGAGCAACCAGAACAAGUUGAGGAAGUGGUAACCAUGAAACCUACAAAAGUUAAAGAUAUUUUAGAGGAUGUGCCUGAUACAAUUGUGAAAAUUGUAAAGAGAAAACCUUCAGUGAAAAAAACUAUUGAAGAGGAUGUUGAAAUUGUUGAGAAAGUUGUUGAAGAAGUAGCACCUGUUGUAGAAGACAAACCACAAGAAGUUACACCAUCUGAAAAACACCCUGAAAUACCUGAAGAUAAACCUAAAGGAGCUCUUGAGGAAAAACCUAAAAAAGUUGUGAAAAAGAAGAGACCGUCUUUAAAAGAAGUGGAAAAUGAAGCUCCAAAAGAAGACACUGUGGCAUCACCAAAAGAUGAGUUUGUUAUUGAAGAAAAACUAGGGGACACUAUACCAGAGGAAAAACCCAAAGAAACUGCACCUGAAGAACAACUAGAAGUUCCUUUAGAAAAGCCUAAAAAGAUUGUUAAAAAGAAAAGACCUUCUUUAAAAGAAGUAGACAAAGAAGCGCCAAAGGAAGAGACUACACCAGAAGAAAAACCAAAGAAAAUGGUUAAGAAACGUAAACCAUCUGUAAUAGAUACUCAAGAAGAAAAGCCUAGUGAGGAACUAAAACCAGACAUUUCUGGGGCAGAAAUUGUACCUCAGCAAGUACCACAAACAGAAGAUAAUGAAGAGCAAACUUCUGAAAAAGUGGUUACUCUCAGGCGCAGGUCUUUGGUUAAAACAGUAGAAAUAGCAGAAGAAACACCUUUUGAAGAAACUAUCAAGUUGAAGAAAAAGCCAUCAAUUACUGAGGUAGAAGUCCCAGAAGAAGUUACUUUUAUUCCUCGUAAAAGUAAGGUAAAAGAAGAGAUUGAACAAGAUUUCACAAUCCAGGUCCAAAGUUAUGGAGAAGAAGAUAUAUCAAUGAAAGGAAAAGUAAAAUUACCACGCAAGAAGUCAACAUUUGUAACUGAGGAAAUAUCAGUUGCUGAGGAUAUAAUUCCUAGUGAAGUUACUGAAACACCAAUUACUGUAGAAUCUACUGAUGAAACUAAAACUUUGGAGAGCCCUGAAGAAACAUAUCCAGAAGAAGUGAAAGAAGUUUUUGAGGAUGUCAACAUAAUUAAGAAGAAGAGACCUUCAAUAAAGGAACUUCAAGAAGAGAAAGAACAAACCAAACCAGAAGAACCUGCUCAAGAAGAACAGAAACCAAGAAAGCCUUCUAUUAAAGAAGAAAAAUCAAUUGAAGAGAAACCAAAGAAACCCUCCAUUAAAGAAGAGAAACCAAUUGAAGAAAAACCUAGGAAACCUUCCAUUGCAGAAGAGAAACCAGUAGAUGAAAGCUUGAGAAAACAAUCUAUUAUAGAUGAUAAGCUAACUGAGGAAAGAGCAAGAAAACCCUCUUUAAAAGAAGAAAAGCCUAUUGAUGAGAAGCCUAGAAAGCCUUCAGUCAAAAAAGAUAAACCCAGUAAGGUAUCUGUAAAGGAAGAGCCCAAACCAGAAGAAGAAAAAUCACAAAAACCUUUAGAAGAAGAAGACAAGCCAACUGAAGAAAAACCAAGAAAGCUGUCCAUUAAAGAGGAAGACAGGGUAACUGAGAAAAAACCUAGAAAGCCUUCAGUCAAGGAGGAAGAACAACCAAUAGAAGAAAAGGUUGAAACCCCUUCAGUUGAGGAAGAUAAACCUCAAAAAUCAUCUAUGAAGGAAGAAUCUACACCAGAUGAAGAAAAACCAAGAAAACCUUCAAUCAAAGAUGAAAAACCACAAAAGAUUCCCAUUCAAGAAGAAAAACCCAAAUCUGAUGAAGAAAUAAGUUCAGUUACAUUUGUGCCUCGUAAAAGUAAAACUAAAGAAGAUAUUGAGCAAGAUUUCACUAUUCAAGUUCAAACUUAUGGUGAAGAAGAUGUUUCAAUGAAAGGAAAAGUUAAAUUACCUCGCAAAAAAUCAAAAACUUUUGUUACUGAUGAGGUGUCAGUUUCAUUUGAUGAAGAGGUACCAAAAGCCCAAGAAAAAGAUUUAUCAGAAGAGAAACCAGAAUCUGAAAUAGAACAGACACCAGAAGAAAAACCACAAAAAGUGGAAGACAUUUCUGAGGAGAAAUCAGAAACUAAAGCAGAUGAUGUACCUGAAGAGAAACCAAAACUCAAGGUUGAAAAAGUGAUCAAAAAGAAAGUUAAAGUAAAGAAAGAAGAGGUAUAUGAAAAGAAACCAGAAAAUGUAGAGGAAAUACUAGAAGAAAAACCAAAAACUGAGAUCAUAGAACUCCUUGAUGAAAAACCAGAAAUCAAAAAAGAGGAAGCACCCUCAGAAAUUCCAGAAGAGAAACCAGAUGAAAAAGAAAAGGAAUCCUCUUCAGAAAAGCCAGCCACCAAAGAGGAAAGACCUGAGGAAAAACCAACUGAGGAAUCACCUGAAGAAUCUAAGGUCACAUUACCUCGUCGAAAAUCUAAACCUAAAACUGAAGAAGAAUCUGAAACUACUGAAUCUGUCACUCUUAGCAAAGUUGUAAAGGAGAAUUCUCCUGAAACUCAUACUGUUCGUUAUAUUCCUGCCAGAACUAAAAGUAUUGAAGAUAUUGAACAAGAUUUUAAAAUUCAAUUGCAAACAUAUAAUGAAGAAGAUAUCACUAUGAAGAAAAGUAUCAAAUUAACUCGUAAAAAAUCCAAAUCUUUUGAAACUGAAGAAUUUUCAGAUACAUUCAAUGUUUCUGAGGUACCAGAAGAGACUGAAACUAAAACUACACCUAAAGCCGAGACUCCCUUGAAACCAGUUGAAGAAGUACCUGAAGAAGUUACUUUCAAACCAAAGAAAACUAAAGAAGUUGAAGAAGUUGAACAAGAAUUUGAAAUUAAACCAGACACGACGGUUCAAGAGGAAGUAACAUUGAAAGGAAAGGUUAAAUUAGCUCGUAAAAAAUCAAAAUCAAUUGACAAAGAAGUUGUUGCAGAUUCCUUAACAAUUGAAAAACCUUCAGAUAAACCUGAAGACGUUACUCAAGAAAAAGUGACAAUACGUCGUAAAAAAUCUAAAACAAUUGACAAAGAAGAAGUAGUAGAUUCUUUGACAAUUCCAAAACCCUCUGAUAAACCAUCUGAAGAAAAACCUGAGGAAAUCACUCAAGAAGAGAAAGUGACAAUACGCCGUAGAAAAUCAAAAACCAUUGACCAAGAAGAAGUAGCAGAUUCUAUCACAGUUGCGAAACCUUCAGAUAAACCUGAAGAAGAUCAACCUGAAGAAGUCACUCAAGAGAAAGUGACAAUUCGUCGUAAAAAAUCUAAAACUAUUGAUGAAGAAGAAGUUUCUGAAAUAAUUAGACCAGAAGCUCCUGAAGAAGAUGUCCCAGAAAGUGUUACAUUUAAACCUCGCAAAACUAAAAAAGUAGAAGAAGUUGAACAAGACUAUAAUAUAAAAUUGCAAUCUUAUGAUGAAGAAGAAGUUUCCAUGAAGGGAAAAGUCAAAUUACCUCGUAAAAAAUCCAGACCUUCCAUCACUACUGAAGAAAGUGCAGACAUUACUAUAGUCAAAGAAGCUGAAGAAGGUCCAAAAGAUGUACAACUUGAAAAAGAAGUUCCAAAAGAUGUAAAACCAGAAGAAGAAAUUCCUGAAGAUGAUGAAACAGAGAAAGCUCCUCAAGAAGUUCCUGAUGAGAUUAAAUCCAUUACAGUAAAAAAGAAAGCUAAAAAAGAUAAAAAAGAAACUGUUGAAGAAGUAACUGAAGAUGUCAAAAUCAAAGGACCCAAAAAACCAAAACAGCCUCAAGAAGAAGAAACCACUGAAGAAAAAGUCAAAAUAAAACGCAAAAAAUCCAAACAAUAUGAGGUCAGUGAAACUAGUGAAGAAGCUACUGUUGAUAUUAAACCAAGCAAACCUAAAUCACAAGAAGAUUAUGAGGUUGAAGAGAAAGUUAAACUACCUAAGAAAACUAAACCAGUAUCUGAGGAAAGUGAGAGUGAAACUGUAACUGUUGAAGAACAGAUCAAAUUACCAAAACGAUUCAAAACCACGUAUGAUGUUGAAGAGGAUACCGAAGAAGCUGUGCAAAUUAAUAUUAAAAAGAUGCCCGAAAAGAAAGAAGAAAUUUGUGAAGAAGAAACCUUGGAUUUGAAAAUUAGAAGGAAAUCUUCUGUUCCUGCUUAUACUCACCAAGUUUCAGAAACAGCCGAAUUGAGUAUUACUCGUGAUGUUGAAGUCAUCAGAGACGUUGUACCUGGAGAAAGUGCUGAAGGAACGGUCAUGUUUUCAACUUGCUUGUAUAUUGCUGAAAAUGAAGAAACAUUGAAUCUUGUCGAAGGAGAACGAGUAAUCGUUCUAGAGAGUGCAAACCCAGAAUGGUGGUUUGUGCGGAAACAUUUGACUGAAGAAAAAGGUUGGGUACCAGCUAUUUACUUGAGAGAUGAAGAAUCGUAUAAUAAAUAUGUCCAGAGGAAGUUGCACGAAAAAAUAGAUAAACUUCCGAUAUUCCAAAAACCAUCGCCUGGAGAUCAAGUUUGUGCCCCGAAAUUCGUGGAAAAAUUACAACCGAAGCAUGUUCCCGAUGGUGCAACGGUCCACUUUGAAUGUCAGGUCGAAGGUAAUCCUCGUCCUCAAAUCACAUGGUUCCGACAGACUGCCAUUAUUAAACCAUCCCAAGAUUUCCAAAUUUAUUACGACGAGGACAACGUCGCUACCCUCAUCAUACGCGAAGUAUUCCCCGAAGAUGCCGGAGUGUACACGUGUGUAGCUAAAAACUGCGCCGGAUUUGCCUCCAGUACGACAGAACUAACAGUCGAAGCUCCUUUAUCCGACCACGGAUCUGAUACUAUUUCAGGACUGUCAAGAAGAAGUUUAUCGAGGGAAUCUUCGCUGGCUGAUAUAUUAGAAGGUAUACCACCCACGUUCUCCAGAAAGCCCAAGGCCGUUUGUGUUGAUGAAGGUUCCAAUGUGGAAUUAGAAUGUCAUCUCGUUGCUAUCCCUGAGCCAGAUAUAUUCUGGUACUUCAACGAUAAGCCCAUCAAGGAAACAGACAGCGUAACCGUGACUACUGAAUCUGAUAUGCAUUCUUAUAUAAGUAAAAUCACUUUCAAGAAGGUGAAAAAGACUCAAGAAGGGGUGUACUCUGUCGUAGCAAAUAAUAGGGAAGGAGAAGCUAAAUUAGAUAUCACUUUGAAAGUAAUGACCGGUAAACCAGAAAAACCGCAAAUUUUGGAACCAUUACAAGAUGUCACCAUCAACGAGGGUGAACCAGCUGUACUAAGUGUACAAAUCAGCGGUAGCCCAACACCUACAGUUGCAUGGUUGAAAGAUGGAAAACCAGCAGCCAAUUUGAAGACGAGACAAGAAAAUACUCUUUAUACCGUUACAUUCGUCAGACCCUCGCAUACUGAUAGUGGAAAAUAUCAAGUAACCGCUACUAAUCCAGCUGGUACAGCUAAAUCAAGCUGUCAUCUUGUUAUUGAAAAAACAGCUCCAGGAACGCAAGCUCCAUUCUUUGUCGAACGAUUCCAAGAGAAAUCUGUUAAAGAAAAAGGUACUCUAAGAUUGACUGCCAAAGUCACCGGUAAUCCUGUACCAACGGUUACCUGGUUCAGGAACAAUAAACCAUUACUGGCGUCUCCUAAGAAGAAAGAGGUCUACGAUGGUGAAAAUAUCAUUUUAGAAAUCACUAAUGCUGAUUCGGAAGAAGAUGCUGGUGAUUACAAAUGUGUUGCUAGUAACAUGUAUGGUACCGCCACUCACGGUGCUCGAAUUACUGUUGAUGUGGAGCAUGUAACGUUCACGAGGUUAUUACCUGAAACAGUAGAAAUCAAUGAGAAGGAAGUCGUCACAUUGGAGUGUGAAACAUCCCACACAGUUUCAACAAUUUGGCAACAUAAUGGUAAAGAAUUGAGCGGUAUGGAUCAUCGAGAAUUAAUCCAAGAAGGACGUGUUCAUAAAUUAGUCAUCAAACAACCUACUUCUUCGGAUUCAGGAGUGUACAGCUGUAUGGUUAAAGAUCAAAAAACUAGUAGUAAUGUUACCAUUAAAGCAAUCAAACCCGAAUUUAUAAAGAAACUGGAGGACGUAGAAGUGAAAGAAUUACAAACCGCAAUUUUAGAGGUCGAAAUAACCUCGAAAAGUGCCGAUGUCACUUGGCAUAAGAAUGGAGAAAUACUCACCUCAAAGAGCGAUAAAUUCGAAAUGCAGAAAGAAGGCCCAGUUAGAAAACUGCUUAUUAGAAAUAUUUCAGUACACGAUGACGGUGAAUACACCUGCUCUCUCGGAGACCAAGAAUCUACCGCUGAAGUCACCGUUGUUGAACUACCUCCUGAAAUCAUCAGAAAACUAGAAGACAAGAAAGUAACGGUGGACGAACGAGUAACCUUCGAUAUUGAAUUAACCAAAGGAGACGCUUUAGUGCACUGGUACAAAGAUAACAAGGAAAUCCAAUUCAACGAUAACGUCAAACUCACCAUCGAUGGAAAACGUCAAACUUUAGAAAUCGUUAAAGCAACAUUAUCCGAUACCGGUACCUACAGUUGUACGGUCGGAGAUCAAAAAUCAAAAGCUAAAUUGACUGUUGAAAAACCAUUGUUUACGUUGAUCACUAAAUUACCUGACGUUACCAUUGUGCCGUUGAAUACGGAUUCGACACUGACUGUGAAAUUAUCUCAAAGCAAUGUUGAGGUGAAAUGGCUUAAGAAUGGUAAACCAAUCAAACCUUCUGAUAAGUUUGAGAUUAUCGACGAAGGAGAGACCAAAAAAUUGAUUAUCAAGAAGGCGAAAUUAGAUGAUCAAGAUGAAUACACGUGUGUUGCUGGUAACGUCAAAACCAAGACUACUUUGAAGAUUGAAGUGAUUGAAAAAGUUCCAACUAUCAAUUUCGACUCGUUCGUCAAAGAAUACAAAGUCAAGAAAGGAGAAAGUGUCACUUUUAAUGUUUCAUACACCGUUACCUCGAAACCAAAUGUCGAAUGGUUCGUUAAUGGAAACGUCGUUAAGAAAUCGAAUAAGAUCAAGAGUACAUAUUCAGAAUCAGCAGCUAGUCUAACGAUAGAAAAAGUUGAAGAAGUUGAUGUUGGCAGUUACACUAUUCGCAUCAGCAACGAACAUGGAGAAGCGUCUGCAGAUUUAACCCUAAUAAUGAUCGAACUCCCCGGAGCUCCAGAUGCUCCCACCAUUAUUGAAAUCACCGAUACGUCCAUCACGGUUCAUUGGAAACCUCCAUCAAACGAUGGAAACUCGCCGAUCAAAAGCUACAUCUUGGAAUACCACGACAAAGAGGAGUUCAUGGUGUGGCACAAAAUUGAAACCGAGGAAGUCACCUAUAAGGUUACCGAACUGACGACCAAUCACGAAGUCACCUUCAAGGUGGCAGCUGUGAACGAUGCUGGAGUUGGACCCUGUUCUGAUCCUACUCGUUAUGUCAAAGUGACUUCGCCGAAGGGUAUGAAAAAACCAACCAUCGAAGAACCUUUGAAAGAUACCACCGUUGGAUUACGACAAUCUGUAUCGCUGACUUGUGUCAUCACCGGAGUACCAGUUCCUGAAAUUAAAUGGUUAAAAGAUGGCAAAAUCAUCAAAACCAAGAACGUAUCGUAUGAAAACAACGUUGCCAAGUUUACUCUUACCGAGACCAACGAACAGAGCGAAGGAACGUACACGUGUCGUGCCAUCAACGACGCCGGUUCCGUUGAAACAAAUUGUAAAUUAUCUAUUCAAGAAAUACCCAAGAUAGAAAUCGACGAUAACAGCUCGUCGCAGAUACUAUUAGUGAAAAAUCAAUGGAAAGUUGAAGUGAAAUACAGAGGAUACCCUCAACCUAAGAUUAUUUGGACCAAGAACGGCGAACCAAUCGAUGACGAUAAAUGCAAAGUGUAUUAUGACGAAGGAUCCACCACUAUAGCUAUUUAUUCUGUUGAAAGACUUAAUUCAGGAACAUAUACGGUGACUGCCACCAAUACUGCUGGUUCAGCGUCAGCCAAUUUACAACUUAAGGUUAUCGAUGAACAACCAGCUAAGAGACGAUUUAAUAUUAAAGUUGAAGAAAUUGACAAACCAAGCAAACCAAUCGGACCACUUUUAUUAACCGAUAUCACAUCAGACUCGGUUGAACUAGAAUGGAAACCUCCUGUAGACGACGGUGGUCUCGAACUGAAAUACAACGUGGAAAAAUGCGAAAUAGAAAAAAUGAUAUGGUCGAAGGCUGGCGAAGUACGCGAUAUCACCGUAUAUAAUGUUCAGAAAUUGCAAGAAGACGCGGAAUACAUGUUUAGAAUAUCAGCCGAGAAUUCCGUCGGUGUUUCCGAAUAUUUGCAAAGCGAACCGGUUACAGUAAAAUGCAAAUAUCGUAAACCUUCGCCUCCUCAAGGACCCUUACAGAUUUCAAAUAUGACUGAUACGUCAAUGACAAUCGCCUGGUUACCGCCAUUGGACGACGGUGGAUUGGAAAUCAUCGAUUAUACAGUCGAAAAGAAAGAAACCGAUAAAAAAGCUUGGCAGAAGGUUGGCACAACGAAAGAUACCUCGAUAUCGGUCACCGAGUUGAUCAAAGGAGCUGCUUAUAAUUUGAGGAUAUUUGCAAGAAACAGAGUUGGUCUCGGAUUACCAUACAUGACUGAAGAAAUAAUCGCCGGAAAGAGAAUCAACUUUGCUAAAGAUUUUUCAGAAAAAACACUGUACGCUUUGAUGGGAAUAUUUCCCACUACGAGUAAUUUGACUAAAUUUGCGCCUCCUUCGGCUCCUGUUGAUCUCAAAAUUAUUGGAAUUACUGGUAAAAGCGCAACUCUACAGUGGUCUCCUCCAGAAUCAAACGGUGGCUUAGAACUGACAGGAUACGUAAUCGAGAAAAAAUUAUUACACGAUAAGUGGUUGAAAGUUGUCACAUUAGAACCGAAUAUUUUACAAUUCCACGUAGAAAACUUGAAAGAGAAAUCACAGUAUUACUUCAAAGUCUACGCUGAAAAUCCUGUCGGUCUAAGUCCAGCUGCAAAAACCGAUCUUGUUAGUUUAGAAACGCACGCAACUGUUCCAUCACCACCGACUGCUCCUCUAGAAAUACGUUCCGUUAGUGCUAACGCUGUUGAUGUGGAAUGGGGUGUACCUGAGACUGACGGUGGAUCUCCCUUGACCGGAUAUGCCAUCGCAAUAAAAGAUGUAAAGAAGACAAUGUGGAUGGAAGUUGGUCGUGUGGAUGCAGACGUGCAAAAACUCACUGUUAGAGAUCUCCAAGAAAAUCACGAAUACCUGAUACGAAUAUUUGCUCGAAACGAAAUUGGCCUCAGCGAACCUUUAGAAUCAGAUGAACCUUAUAAAGUGCAGAAGCCAACAGGUUUCGAAGAAGAUACCGAUAUAGAAGAAACAGUAUUAGACAAACCAUCGAUGAGUUUGAGUACCGAAACGACAACAUCAUGGAUGAGAGAAGCUGGUAUGGAUGCAGACAUUCACACAUACGCUAGCGGAUCGUUAUUAAAACGAAGCGAAUAUUUCUUCCGUAUUUGGUACUAUGCGAAGCAAUUAUUCAAAUGAGAGGCUUCUUAAAUUUAUACCCCUAUGAAGACUGAAUUUUAUAUCUCACGUUAUCGAGUCUCGAGAUAACGUUAUUAUAAUUCUCACGCGUUGGAAAUCGAAUCGUGUAAUCGAUUUAGAGACAAAUAUUUUUAUGGGUAGAAGUUACGAUGAUUUUUUUUGUUUUCGUUUUUUAAAAAUUCUUAUCGUGUGUGAUAUUUCUUUAUUAUUGUUAUCGAUUGAUUGUUUUAUUUUUUUUUAAUGGUUAAUAUUUUUAAUAACGGUUUUGUUGAUUUUAUGUAUUCUACUUAAUCAUCGAAUACGAUCAAAUGUUGGUACGAAUGUUGUACGCUAUUGAAGAUAAUGUUGUGAAAUUUUCGCCCUAAUUUGAGAGAGAGACAAAUAUAGGUGCACGAAACAAAAACAACGCGAAAAUGGCAACGAUAUUAUAUGAUUAUUGUGUUACUUUAUGAAUUAAGUUUUAUUUAUACGUACGUUUUGUUUCGAAGUUGAAAUAAAAAUUUAAUAAUGCAAAAUAA